CCUUAUAUAUCUAUCUCUACCUCUUUUGGGUAGAGAGGUGUCGCCCCCUGAGGAAAGCUGCGCGAGCUGCCUCCCCACGGGGGAAAAAAAAAACCUUCCUUCCCUCGCACCCCCCCCAACCCAACCUUGGCUGAAGAAGCCGGCGCCCUCCUUGUCUGCAUGGGGAGGGAAGCGAGCCUGGCUUGCGGAGCGGGGAGGGAUUUCCUGUGCGGGCACGCUUGAGAAAAGGGGGGGACUUGGAAAGUGGGGUGGUGGCUUGGAAGGAGAGAUUUCUGGGCGCCCCCCCCCCCUUGUCACACACAUGCACGGGAGCGAAACUGGGUCGAGGUAGUUUUCCUUGGGAUUUGCAUGUCUUUGCAGCCUCGCUUGCUGGUGCGGCGGCAGCCCCGGGGGGAGAAAAGGGGCUGGGGGGGGGGGUGUUGCUGUUGUGCGGCUGGCUGAUGUAGGGCUCUUUCGUAGGGUCGCUUCCUUUCUUUCUCCUUCCUCUUAAAGCACGGACAGAAGAGGAAGAAAGAGAGUGAAGUCGAAGACAUACAUCCGUAGGAAGCGUCGGGGGAAGGGUUUUUUUGGGGGGGGGGGAGAUCCCUGAAAAUGAUCGUCGAUGGCCUCGCGACCGCUCCUUUUCUGGACGAGGGUCAUAAUGAAAACCGUGUUGUCGCCGCUGCCCUGGCUACUUUUUGAAUUUUAUCGGGGGAACUAGCUUGGACGUAUUCUUCCUGAACUCGUGGAGCAUUUUACGGAAUUACUGCAACGGAAGGAACCUCAUACUGGCUUCUGGUUUUGUUUUGCUUUUCUUUAUUUUUGGAAAAUCCUGAUUUGUUGUCUUUUUUAACAAAGCUCUUAAGAUGGAAAACGAGAUUUUCACACCUCUUUUGGAGGUCUUCAUAUCCAGCCCUCUUGUUACGUGGGUAAGCAUUAAUUCACUAUUCAGUGGCAGAGAUUUCAAAUGUGUGUGUAUAUGUAUGUGUAUAAUUUCUUACGGUAGAGACCAAGACGAAGUAUGUCAUUGUGAUAAUUCUGUUAUAGGUUAAGACAUUUGGACCGUUAGCUGGAGGAAAUCCAACAAACUUGGACGAAUAUGUUGCACUUGUGGAUGGAGUUUUCUUGAAUGAAGUCAUGCUUCAAAUGUAAGUUGUUUUAUUGUAUGAUUUGGUGUCUUCUUUAUGCCACUUUUAGCAGUUGGUCUAAGAAUGCAUUUAUUUCUUGUGGUCACUUUUUCUGCUUACUUGGGAACAUAGUUCAGUGCCUUAACAUAUUCCCAAUUGUUUGUACUGCUUCUGUGUGCAGCUGUUUCCUGGCAGUUGUAUAUCCACAAGAAUUCAGAAAUGGGGAGAUGCAAAAUUGCUAGGCAGAAGUAACACAGGAUUCGGUCCAGUAAAGGGUUAAGUACUGCAUCUGGUCUGAGAAUAAUUGUACUCAGAUGAAAUGUUCAACUCUAAGCUUUUUAUAUUUGCCAUAUAAGCUCAGUAUACAUUUUAAUGUUUUGUGGAUACCUUCCAGGUUUCGUCCCUCAUAUGUUAUCUGUGUGGAGCUUCAGAUCCCUGAUUUUGAUCAAUGUUUAAGACAAAAUGCAAUAGUGCUUGCAAACUGAUCUUAAUUUUACUUGAGAAGGAAACCCCAUUGAUUUCAGCAGUUUGUUUAAAUGAAAGCUGCACUUAAUUAUUCUGUGCUGUAAUAUACUUCAGAAACACAGCUCAGAACAAAAGUUUGAGGGAAAUCUGUUGAGGAUAGUAUUUUGGUUCAAUGGCAUCAUUUUGUAGUGAUCAUUACAAAGGCUAGUCUGUCCCCAGUUUGAAUUAAUAUUGGAAAACCCAGCAGAAAUGGAUUCAUAUUUUAAACCUUAAUUUAUGGCUAAGUGAUGUUAAUUUUUGUAUCACUAAUAUGGAUGGAAGAGCCAUAUAUUCAUUCUAUUUUUCAGUGGUGAGAUAUCUUAACGAAUAAAGUUGUGGGAAAUUAAAUGUAGUUUAAUAAGAAAUAGGGCACUCCCAGAAGCAGCAUGUUUCCUUUGAGAUGAACAUUGCCACAAGAGGUUUCCCCAGUUUUUGAUGAGAGAUGAAUGCCACUAAUGAAAUGGCUUACAACUUGCUGCUAAAACAUUUUUAGACUACACAGGACUAAACCUAAAAGUAACAUUUCCACAUCCUGAAUUGGGAGCAAAAAUGUUUUAGUCCUGUGUAGUCUAUUGUACUUUGUUUGCCCAAGAGCUGUUGCUCAUAAGCUAGUGAUUCAACAUGUGGAAAUCAUCAUGCAUGAAUCAACAUCUGUGAAAGAUAUGAGCAGCAACAAGUACUGUUGUUAAAACCUUCUGAUUUAAGUAACAUUCAAAGGGUUCACAAAUUAAGGAUGCAUGCAGUUAAUAAUGGCUAUGUAUAAAAAAGUCUAGUAUGAAGUCAGACUUCACUGACAUGAAAGUUCAAUGAAUAUGAUUACUUGAAGCCAGAGAUUACAAUUUUUUGUUCUUUAAUAAAGCUGUAUAGCUGGAUGAUUACUUUCAGUAUAGUCAGAAACAUAAUAGAAUUUAGGAUGUCAUUCUAAAGACUAAGAGCCUUGUAAUGUACUCAUUUCUUUGCUGUUGGUGCAGUGGAAAAUUGGAGAUGAUCCUUUGGUAGAGAUGGAAAUUCUUCUUCUUAUAUGGAAUAGUGUGUACUUUUGUUGAAAUCUCUCUACCGUGACUUAUAGUAGCUUGGGCAAAACCGAACCUUGUUUAAACUGCUUUGUAGUUUUACCAUCAUUUUAUGAAGAUUUAGAUUACUCUUGGUACUCAGGGUGGUGGGCCACUAGGAUUUCAUUCCUGAGAGUUAUGGACCUAGCUAGCUUCCAGAAUGCUUAGGCAUAGUGAUGCGUUUGGGAUGGGACAGGCAAAGGUAAAGUUGAUGCUGAUUGAUGACCUGAUGUGGGUUGGAGGUUGACUGAGGCUGUUGAGAAAAUAGUGCCCGGAAAAACGCUUGUGGGUCUUCUCUUAUUUACAGUGGAGGUUUUUGGCCCUGGAGUAUCAAGGGAGACAACAAAGAGUGGCAGAGAAGUAGUCUGCAUCUGACUCAUCAUGCCACACCUGUACUAUAACAAUGUCAGUGAUAGAAAAUGCUCUCUUCUGCUACCAUUGUGUCUGAAUAAAAGCAGCUUAUUUUUGAUACCAUUUAAGCAGAGUUGCUUGGGGUAUUGAUAAUUCAGUUUGCUAGCUGAUUUGCAAAAAGGUCAGUCACAUACAACUUGACUUGGAUAUCACAUUUAGAGUACAGCUGUACCAAGUGCUCAUGUGCAGACAUUUUCUGACAAAAAGCCCUGAUUUAAGGAGAGAUGCAAAAUGCUUCUCUCUGCUGCUCCUUUGGCACCAUUUUCUUCUCCUUCACAAUGUGACCCCAGCUAAUUAACAAUCAUACAGCAACUAUGAAAUAACUUCUAUAUAGAUGAUCUAGAUUGGGUACAUUUUAUCCCAAGGUCAAUUAAAUUAGCACAAACUCUGAAUUGGUAUUGGGAGGGUAGCAAAUAUUUUAAUCAGGAGUCUACAAAAGCUUUACAAUUCCCUUUCAGACUAUGACAUAUCAAUAAAUUCUGAAAGGGGCUAGCUCAUGGCCACACUGAUUCUGUCACUGGAUACAAAUGAGUUUCCUAUGAGCAUGGGGCAGAGACUUAUUGGUCUGCUACUUGGAGCAUCAACCACCACACCCUUUAACCACAGGGCCUUUUGACAAACCAAUUGGCAAACUAAAAUGAAGAACCUCAAGAUGUUUGAUUCAGCAUUCUCUCUAUGUUGGUUCUAUACCAGGAGAGGGUUCACUCACUCAAUGUUAAGUGGGACACUUUUAAGACAGGCAGAGGGUGAAGUGCUGCUUCAUAGUUGCUGUAUGAUUGGGGCAACCCAGUCAGAUGGACGGGGUACAAAUGUUGUUGUUGUUGUUAAUAAUUAGCUGGGAGGCAUCAUAAAUUGCAUAUUCCACUACUACAGUUGACUGUUUCUUACCUAGGCUGUGGUCCAAGUUUUCCAGUGAAUCUGAACGGCAUAAUAAUUUAGGAAACCCUUAGUUAUCUUCCAGCAGCUCCUGUAGCCAAGCUAGUGCCAAACAUAUUGCUCUGCUUUCCUUUGGACCACAAAAAAGGCUGAGAGAGCAGAGAUAACAUGGGAGGAUAGCCACAACAGACGCUGUAAUUCUUCAACAGUUUGACUUCACCCCCAAAGGCACACUUCUCCACUGUCUCCCAAGACAGAUGGAUGCCAACCACAGUUAACAAAUCAUUUUAAGAUUUAGGACAAGACUGCACAUGAGGUUUACUUAUAGUUUGACCUUGAGUACAAACUUCUCACCCCCAAAAACAGAAAGGUGGUGGUGUGGAUAUAGACCUGGGACUCCAGUGUAGUGGACAUGAACCUUUUGUCCCCCUGAAAUAAUAGAGGACUCCCCAUGCCUACAAUUUUCUUAGGAAUUUUUUUCCCCAGGCAUGGGGAGUGGGUGGCUGCUUUGGUUCAGGACCCUAGCAAGGUAAAGGGUUAAAGCACCACUAUGCCCCAUGCAUUCUCCUGCAUGCAAAGACAGGCUGUAGCGGAUUGAAUGAAUGAGACCAAUAGUGGGUCCAAAGGUCAAUAAGCCAGUUUCUGCACAUGUUGUAGAGGGAAAUAAGGGACAGGUGGGGAUCUUCAAACUGGGGAGGUAGCCCAUCUAGGAAAAGGAAAACUCUGACCCCCAAACCUCCGCUGCUUUGAGGGACCAAAGAAAAGGCUAAGGAAUAAACCUUACACAAAUCUAGAGUGGAGUCCCUAAGACGGUUGGAUGGCCCUUGUACGCCUCAUUCUGGCAACUUUUACAGCCUAGCUGGUACCAAUUGUAUGCUCUGAUUUCCUUAGGACCACAUCAGGCCAGGGGGUGGGUGCGGUGUUUUGUCAUGUGGGCAGCUCGGAACCUCCACAUAUUCUGCCCAGGCUUGCACCCCGGAGAAGCAAAAACAACACAGUUUGACUUCAUCCCUGGAGGCACACUCCAUUGUCUAGGGUCCUGAACUGAUAAGGAUCAUGCUGCUUAUGCUGACAGUUCUUUGAAGGGGAAACCUAAUGAUAAUUCCAGAACUGGGGUACCACUGUUGAGAAUUGAUGAUUUUCAUAUCUGGUGGUAGAAGACAUGGAAAAGGGCCUCUGCAGAAGAUAUUAAUGAUAAUGGGAUAGGUGCUCCUAAUCAACAGCUUUUCUAUAUUUAGGUCAGAUCAUGUAUAGGAACUACUUUCAUAGGCUCCAGUAUCAAAAGAAGCUUGUCAGUGUACUUUCCAGUCCUACACAGAUUCUCACUUCACUACCAUGCCAUGAAUAGACUUUGGUAGCUAAAUGUAACCUUUCUCUGAAAUUCAAAACUCUUCCAAAUUCCUUGUGAAAGCCAGUCCAAUAAAAUGGGUCUCUUCUUUCAAGUAGCUUUAUCAGCUUUUGCAAAUCAGGACUUGAGCAUUUCUCAUGAGAGAGAGGACUCACUGUGCUGUGCUGUGAUGAACAAUACUCACAAUCAAUUCAGUUUCACAAAUAAAGCAUCAGCUGCAGGAUAUUCCAGCUACAUCCCCUCCUUUAUUGUAUUCAGCCACCCCGGGAUCAGAGGGGCUGGCUCUGCUUAAAAGCAAGAAGAAAUCUGGAAGUUUUUAGAAACAAUAAAAAUACUACUACUACUACUUUGGCGAUCGCUCGUGGCCGAGUGAGAUUGUCUUCCAUGAACAUGGUCUUAACGGUGAGUCUGUAAGUGACUGUGGAGGCCAAUUCUGGAUCCAUACAUCCUUCCACAGUGGGGACAUAGGUUUCCGGGUGGGAGUUGAUGACGGUGAGGGUUUGCCAAACACGCCUUCCUCUUAGCAUGUUUCUCCCUUUCGUCCUGAGUUUGAGCAUCUUCAAAGUCCAUGACACCUUUGGUAAGGGUGUUCUCCAAUUGGAGCGCUCACAGGCCAAUGUUUCCCAGUUGUUGGUGUUUAUACUACAUUUUAAAAAAGAUUUGCCUUGAGAGAGUCUUUAAACCUCUUUUGUUGACCACCAGCAUUACACUUCCCAUUUUUAAGUUCUGAACAGAGUAGUUGUUUUGGAAGAUGAUCAUCAGGCCAACAUGACCAACCCAACCAAGUUCAUGUUGAAGAAUCAUUGCUUCAACACUGGUGAUCUUUGCUUCUUCCAGUACACCAGCAUUAGUUCACCUGUCUUCCCACGUGAUGUGUAAAAAAUUUUGGAGACACCAUUGAUGGAAUCUUUCAAGGAGUUGGAGAUGGUGUUUAUAGGUGGUUCAUGUUUCAGAAGCAUACAAUAAGGUUGGUAGUACAAUAGCUUUGUAAACAAGCAUUUUGGUUUCCCUGUGAAUGUCCCAGUCUUCAAACUCUCUACAUUUCAACUGGGAGAAAGCUGGAUUUUGGCAUCGGUGUAUGCUGAUAUCAAAGAAAGAGUGCUGUUUACCAGAAUUUGCAGCCAGUGGUGAAGGGACUAAAUAGACGGUGAUGAUUUCUGACCUGUGAAGCAGGAAGUUUGGAUGUGGAGAGGCUUAUUCCAGCAGGAUGUUGGGAACAGCUAUUUUGUAAGGCAAGGCAUGGGAUGUAGGAAAAUAGAUGAGAGCUGUUGGAGGAUGCUUGGUCCUUGAAGUACUCGGGGGCAAUAGGGUUGCUGGUGAAUAUAUUUUGGUAUGCAAGAUAUGAAAAGGUAGCAUCUUUUGAUGGAGAUUUUUAUUAGCUAAUCACUGCCCCUUUGCACAUGAAAGCAGCUGGGGUUAACUAUAGGUGAUAUCCAGCUAAGUCAUACUCUGCAUAGUCCCGUUGAAAUCAAUGGAUCAGAAUAAUUGUGGAUUCCACAUUUGUUUCAAAAUGAAAUUAAUCAGCACAGCAGCAAAAGAAGAUGUGUAAAAAGUAAAGGGACCCCUGACCAUUAGGUCCAGUCGUGACCGACUCUGGGGUUGCGGCGCUCAUCUCGCUUUAUUGGCCAAGGGAGCCGGCAUACAGCUUCCGGGUCAUGUGGCCAGCAUGACUAAGCCGCUUCUGGUGAACCAGAGCAGCGCACAGAAACGCCGUUUACCUUCCCGCCGGAGCAGUACCUAUUUAUCUACUUGCACUUUGAGGUGCUUUUGAACUGCUAGGUUGGCAGGAGCAGGGACCGAGCAACGGGAGCUCACCCCAUCGCGGGGAUUCAAACCGCCGACCUUCUGAUCAGCAAGUCCUAGAGUCUGUGGUUUAACCCACAGCGCCACCCGUGUCCCUCCUAUUCCCUGUUGCAUAUACUCCUGUCAGAGGUGAAGCUAUUUGCACUUCAGUAGGAAGGGGGUUCCAAAAUCGGGGGCCACCACAGAAAUGGGCCUUUUUUCAUGAAGCUUAUUGCCCUCAAGUUGUACCUCGAGUUACAAACGCCUCAGGUUACAAACUCCGCUAACCGGGAAGAGUUACCUCGAGUUGAGAACUUUGCCUCAGGAUGAGAACGGAAAUCGUGUGCCGGCAGUGCAGCAGCAGCAAGAGACCCCAUUAGCGAAAGCACGCCUCUAGUUAAGAACAGUUUCAGGUUAAGAACGGACCUCUGGAAUGAAUUGAGUUCAUAACUAGAGGUACCACUGUAUUACUGAAACUAAGGUAUUUUAAAUCACUUUAAUCAUACUUGCUAUAACUUGAAAGAAAUGGCUAGAAUAAUGAUGUGAUAGCUUAUUUGUUGUGUGGAGGGACUGAAGACAUUGGAUCUUUUACAAAUGUCUUCCUCAAGUGUUUAUUGAUUUGAAUAUAAUGGCUGUUAACAAACAGUCCAAAGCAUCUGUUUAAAAUAUCAUUUCCCCAUUCAGUUGUUCAGUAAGGCUUUUCUGUUCCAGCAGCACAGAUUUUAUUUCUGUUAUGCCAUGUUCCCUUCAGUUGUCUACAUUUCCCAUUGUAGGUCACUGUUAGGGCAACUUUAUAUAUUCAUUCCAGGGCCCAUAACUAGGUCAGUUGUGUUGAAGGCUCAUAUUAAGUGAGGCACUGACUGCAUUUUUUUCCUAAGUAAGAUUCCUACCCCCCACACCAGUCUGGUGGUUACAGAAUAAAACUUCAAACAAUUUAAGCAAUAAAUGAUGCAAACAUAAGCUACAAAACAGAUAGAAAUAUAAAUAUAAGCAGGAUAUAGUCAUGGCCAUAUUAUUUUAAAUUAUAGCAUUGUAAAAAAGACACAAGGUUGGACAUUAUCAGUUAUGGAAACAAAACCUUUCAAGAGAAGUAAAAACAAUUCCUUUAAAUUUAUUUCCUUGCACCUUUUGCUGAACCCUGAGGGGGAAACACAAGUUUUAUAUAUAUUGCAAUUUCUAUUAUUUUUAAAUAACAAUUCUGUUGUAGUGGAAGGUUCUGUUAAUUUCCAGUGUUGGAGUAUAUGUCUUCUAGCUGCUAUUACCAGAUUCUCUAUAAGGUGUUUGAUAUUAACUGAUAUGCUGUGAUCGAUUGGGUUUUAUUGAUAACCUUAUUCUGAAACCCCUGGAGAUUUGGGCAGAUUCAUAAAAUGUGUAGAAAGUGUGCCCUGGAAGCCCUGAGCUGAUGAGGGAAGCUACAGGAGGGGGUAGGUCUAGACUCCUUAUCUAUGUGUCCUUUUUCCUAUUUAAAAUAACAGAGCAAUCCUAAUCUUGGGCUAGGGUCUGGGAAGGUCAGCUGAAGCCUUGCAGGCGUCUACUGUCAAGGGCAAGAAAGUGUUGAGGGAGGUGGGGGCAUGCCUCCCCCCCUUUUUUUCCUUGCUAUGCCAGCUUCAAGCUGGUAUAGCUGAGGAACCAGAGGAUCAGACUCACAAAACUUUACUCAGUGGAUGUAAAGCUGCUGGCAUUUUAGGGUUUUUUCAUGCUGAACAGCUGGCAGCAGCUUACUGCUUGUUUGGGUGUACUGUACCUUGAGGCCUCCAACAUAACAGCACUCCUUUCUGCCAGUAGAGAGAAAUUUAUGUGCUAUCAUAAUCCUCUUUCAGUCAUAGACAUGAGGGAAGGAUUGUGGCCUUACACCUUCCCAACACCUCUUUCUUUCUUUCUUUCUUUCUUUUACUUGAUCAGAAAAAUUCUAUAUGUAAACAAAUGGCAUUGCUGCCAUGACAUCUAUUUUGGCUCUAAUGUUACGGAGGAAAACAUUUUAAACAAAAUAAAUGGAUAGCAGUGAAGUUUGCACUUAUGGUUUCUGAGCAAAAGAUGAAUUAUUUGUAUCAGUUUGUUUCUUCAAUUCACAUUUCAGAAUUUGUCAACUGGGAUGAAGGAAGCAGUAUUUUUAAUUUUAAAGGCCGCUGUACACACAUUGAAUUUAAGUGACUAUAUUUUAAUGCAUCCUCUUAACUGUUCAUAAUUAUGCCUUGAAAGCAAAAAUAUAUGCACUUUAAAAAAAAAAAAGCUUGUGGCUAUUUAUGUCAUUUGAAAAUGUUGUAAGUGGGUUUAUUGUGUCCACUUGGCAAUGAUUUGCUCCUGGGAUGCCUGACAAAAUACAUGUUUGUUUUUGCUUGAACGUAGUAAAUAAAACAAGUUUGUUUCAGUAUAUAAAGGAGCACAUGUAGUAGUUAAACUAAAAUGUAACAAUAGUGCAACUGUUUUCACAGUUUGUGCUGCUAUGAGGACACAGCUGUUUAAAUUAAUGUAAAAAAAUACUUCCUGGAGUUAAAUUUCUGAUUUGUCUUCAAGAUCGCACAAUCUUCUUUCUUAGCCAUUUUUUGUUAUCAGUAAUUCUACGAUCAUUUCUGUUUCUUUUGUCUACAAAUGAUCCUCAGAUCAUUCUGUCUUUCCUAGUAUUAUGUCCUCCUUUAUCCUCUGAUUUUCAUCUUUUUAUUUAAAAAUCCCGAUUUACUUUGUGGGUUGAUGUAUAAGAUAAAUUUUCUUUGGUCUUUUCCCCUUUUUAUUCUUUUGAUCCAUAAUACUGGAUAGUCUGUGACAGUAACUGUAUCCACAGUUAAUAAUAUAUUUGGUGUAGCCUGGUGCAGAAAAUAAGGGUAUAGGAAAAAGUAGUAAAUUUUGUCCUUCAAAAGCUUUUUACCCUUAAGGUUUCUGUGGGAGGGUGAAUUAUUAUUGCCCCCACAAUGCAUUGCAGGACAAUGUACAAUAAAAACAGCAAAAACACAGUUGAAAACAACACACACCAAAUAUAUAUUGAUAUAGAUACAGAUAUAUAGUGUGUGUACACACACACACACACACACACACACACACACACAGAGAGAGAGAGAGAGAGAGACCCCAUGACAGAGACCCAUUCAUUCAGCUGGGAAGGCCUGUUGGAACAAAAAAUGUAUUCAGUUGUUUCCACAAAAUGCAGAUAGUGUUGUAUUUUGCAAGGAAUCAGGUUGGUUGGCAUCCAUUUGUAUCGGGAGACAAUGGAUGAGUGCCACAAAACAGAUGCAGCCAUACUAAAACCCCUGCUCUAAGUCUGAAUGCAUCAAAGCAACAUAAAAUUCUGUUUGGUAAUCAGAUAUGCAGUUUUCUGUCGAACACAAUAAUCUUUAUAACACACAAACUUAGAUUUUCUCAUCCCAGCCAGAAGUCGGUCCGAUUAUCAGUUUUCACCAAUCUGGCGUCUUCAACUGAUCUAGACCACAACUCCCAGCAGCCCCAGGUAGUACUACUGAUGUGAGUGCUACUUCAGAAGAUAAGAUUUUUUUUUAUCCUGAUAUAAAAGAGGCACAUAUAUCUGAAGCUUGUCUUGGAAGUCUGAUUUUGUAUUUCAGCAUGCAGCCCCCACAUGGACCUCAUGGUCACAUAGCACUAAUCUUUCUCCCCUGCUCCAUAUCAGCACCCUGAUGGGGAAUUGCACACAGCAAACUUUGAGUGGAGACUUUCCCCUGCCAAAUCAUGCUUUCUUUUUCAUUCUCUUCCUGUACGUAUUUAUGACUUAAUGCUGAGACAUCAAACAGGAAGCACCUGAGCAGAUGCACUCUAGUAGCACUCUGGACUUUAUUUAGUGAAAGGAAAUGUUGAUAGUCAAAACCUUUUAUAGAACCAUUUUUCUUGCUACCUUUAAUUUUUCUUUGUUCUUGUUUAUGGAAAAUGAAUGCCUUUUUUUGAAUUACGGUACUUUUUCCUCUUAGAAAACCUAAGCACAGUGUAAUAAUAAUAAUUUAACAUUUUUCUUUGAAGUACUGUUUAUAAAGGAAUGGCUUUCUUGUAUGUGUUUAGUGGCGUAGCUGUAAACAUUCCCCUUUUUUUAAGGGAAAUUCCCUUAUUCCGAAUAGGAUUCCUCGCAAGAAAAGGGAAAAGUUGACAGCUAUGGUCUAGUGGAAUAAUAUUUCUUAAAACUGAGCUUGUGAUGAGGUAGCUUGUAUCAUGAACAGUUGCUUAAGGGAAGAGGAUGGUGUCACCCAUUCAAGCAUAACUGUGAAUGAGAAACUUGGCACAUAUCCUUAACACAUCAGUGUGAACAUGAGACAGGCUCUGUUUCAGCUCACAGAUUUCCUCAGUAUUAACAGUUAGCGAUGCGUGACAUUAUGUUUGCUUUCAACUUUGGCAUCUUAAUCACAGGAUCACCCAUACUUUCCUGCGUGGGCAAAUAUACUAUUAGAAUGAAUUGUGAACUAAUAUAUAUGUGAUCAAUUGUCACAAGCAUUAUCUUGUCACUAGCUCUGUUAAACAAUAGCCAUAGCCAGCUAUCUCAUAAGAGUGCUUACUUUAGAUAUUCAGAAUAUUUGUGACUUUCUAGUACAAAACUACUCAGAUUUGAAGUCAUUUUUGUUGGUUUUCUAAAAAAACAUUUCAUUCCAUACAGAAAUAUUUUACUUCUAAGGUUCUAAAUCCACAACCUCAUAGAACUAUCUACAGAAGGCUGUCAAUUUUCCUUUAUUCCUGGCUGAAAUAGCUGUAUAACAUUCCAAUAGACGAAAUGUCACAGAGCCAUAUUAGCUUCCUCUCUUUUAAAAAAGUUAAAACUGAUAACUAUACCACUAUGUUUGAAUCUUAUAAUACUCAUUUAUAGAGCUGGUUGAAAUUGCUGAUUGGAAUGCUUUACUGAUAGUUUUCAAAUUAUCAAGUACUGUACAGCCUUCAUUUAUUCCACCUGCCACUGCUUACAGUUUGCAAACCAGACCAGUUUAAUAGAUAAGUUAUAACAUACCAGUAUAGACCCAGUGUGGAAUCCUUUUCCAGUUCAGACAAGUGCUGAAAUGGAUUUUGUGCAUGUAGUCCAUUUUAGGCUUUCAAAAAUUGACAAAGUAUGUGUCAUGUUCACAAAAUAUAAAACAGGAAGUUAGACAAACUCUUCCUUUUGAGUAGAUAUUGACAUACCAUUAGUUUGGCAAACGGGGGCAUGCCGGAAAAUAUGGGACAUUAUAAAAACAUAGUGACAAAAAUUGGCCAAGUUUCACAUUCAUUUCACUAAUACUUUCAAGAAGCAGACCUUCAGAGAUACUGAAAGACUAUCUCUUUUAGGCAAAAGUCUUUUAGGUCAAGAGUUUCACUGCCAAAUAAAUACUUUGCAGUUAUGUAUUCCUCCUUACAACAAACGUAAAGUUUCAGUGUACCCUUUAGCAGUGCUAUUUUUCUAGAAAAAUAGGUACUUGAACUCACCAUGAACACUUCCCUGAGUUCCAGAUAGAAAAAGCCCUGCCCUUUUGUACCAGUACUUGAAAGUCAUAGUUAGAGUCUGAAGAGGGAAAGAUGUUACAGCUAUAUCUGAACAUAUUCAGUAUGAUCAGUUUACUGUAUUGGAUUUUAGUAUUCACCAUGUAUAAAAUAAUUUGAAAAUGUAUCUUUGCAGACAUUAUGAAGCAUUGUUGAAACCAUUAAAGUUUUCAGGGUUUUGAUAUGUAGAAAUUAGUGACCUUCUGAGACAUUUAAGCUGCAAUUCUAAUGGUGUAUACUGCAAUUCUAAUGAUGUAUACUUUGCCCCAUUGAUUCCAAUGAGUUACUCUGUGGUGUGGUUAGGCCUGCAGCCUUAGAGAUAGAUUUUCACAAGAGUGUUUCUCGAAUGAUAGAUGUAGUUCAUAUGUCAGUCUCGCAGAGCUAUGGAUGCUCAAGCAAAUCAUGUAUUGUGUGGUUAAUAUAGGUUGUAUUUGUACUAUAGUAUAAAUAUAUAUUUUAAAAUUAAUAAUUUAGUAUAAUUGAGUCUGGUUUAAUCAUUAAGUACCGUCAUUGAACAGAUGGCAGGAGAAGACACAACUGAUUUGCUGUCUGGUUAGAUUUAGAAAUCUGAUAGCUUAAUGGCUUCAUAUUUAUUUGUGAUAGAUUUUGUUGCAUGAAAAAGAUACCUAAUCCCUGAUUAUGUGAUGUCUGAAUCUGUAGUUUAUAGUGGUGAUAGCAUUUGAGAAUAACAGACUCCCCUCUAUUUACUAUGCUUUUUGAACUAAUGUAUUAUCAUUGUGGGUGCUCUUGUCUGUUUUUCCUCCAGUUGAAAUUAAUGUAACUUGUCAUAUGUAGGUUGCUUUUAAAUGUAAAAUUGCUUAAGGCUAUCUUUUACUGCUGGGCUGCCUAUUGACUUCUAGACAAAUUUGCCCUAUUUUGUUAGGCUAUUUGCCAGUGAAGCAUUCUCAUUUUCCACCUUACAAAAGGAGCUAUUCAGAUAUGUAGGAUUCAUUGCCUUAGAAUAUAUAUAGUGUGACUUUCGAGAUUGCCACUGGCAACUUAUGUUUGUCUCAUGCAGAUAUUUUUCUGUAAUCCCAUAAAGUGUAGGUCUAUUUUUGAGACUAUGAACUGAAAAGUUAAAAACAAAAAAGUAGCACCACAUAUUACACUGUUAAAUUCAAUGGAAACCGCAAAUAAGUUACUAUGUUUGUUUUGAGAUAUGUUUUCCCCAUCCUGCUCUAGAGCAUACCUCAGGAAGCAGUCCAAGAUGCAUGGAGGCCGAGGUCUUCCUACUCCUCUAGGUCUUCCUCCAUUAGUGAUAGCUUAGUAGAAUAGCCAUCUAGAGUCACUGUGAUUUUCAAUUGGUCCAGAUGCACACAUGACUCAUAACCUGAAACAUGGGUCUCACUUUCAGAUUUUCACUCUUGAUUAAAAAUUAAUAGUGUGAAUAAUGCACAUUUUCUAAUCCUAAAAUUACUAAUUCUAAGAUGGCAGUUCAGAGGAAUAUACAUAGUGUUACCUGGACAUUGCUACUAUAUCAAAAGCAGUGAUUUUUUAAAACAGUAUUGUAAUUAAAAACAGAUUUAAGUUGAAGAGUCAAGAGAGUGUCUGUGCAAACAGGUGAGUCUUCAAAAACCAGUAGAAUUCCAAUACUGAUAGGGCCUCUCAUAAUUCAGCAGAAAGUGUAUUCCAUAUAUACAACUUGAAUAUUGAAAAAAAAAUGCAACAUGCAGUGCCCAUCACUGGGGAAGAGAAAUGCCAAUAUAGAAAUCACAUAAUUUACUUGAAAAUUAAAGCAGUGCUUCUCCAACAAAUGGAAGAGGAAACAAAACCGAGAACUAGGCGAAUGGGUUUCUUCUGCUGAGGAGGAAGAAGUCCCCUGCCGCUAUUUCUCAUUCUUAAGGUGAUCUGAACUGCCCUAAGAACACUUAAUCAGGAGCAAACCCUUUGAACCUCUGUAGGUUUUGUAACUUGAUUCUAAUACAUGUUUGCAGAGAACCAAGAGCAAUUAUAUGCAUGUCUACUCAGAGGCAUGUCCUGUUGAGUUCAAUGGGACUUACUCCUAACUGUGUACAGGAUUACAGCUUAAAUCUACAGAUCUCAGGUGGUGUCCAGAGAAUUAUCUAGUCCUGAGAACGGGGCCUUUUCUGCAGUGUCUCACUGUUUGUGGAAUGGUCUCACCAGGAACACUCACCUGGCACCUUCAUUACAUACCUUAGAUGCUAGGUGAAAACAUUCCUCUGCUCCUAGGCCUUUGGCUGAUGAAACAAACUACGACCUUUUAAACUGUGUGUGGGGUUAUUGUUUUCUUUGUUAUUAUAGUAUGUAUUUUUGUGUUUUUAUACUGUAAAGUGCCCUGUGAUCCUUUGAUGAAGGGUGGUAUAUAAAUUUAUUAUUUAAAAAGCAGCAAUUCUCAACACGUGUGUGACUGGGGGUGGGAAGCAGUGUAUAUGGUGGCAUGAACAGGCUGCUUUUCCACUAACAACCUGCUUGCCUUCUCAGCUGGGUGUCGGUGGUAAAAAUAUUCAAAAUACUUUUGGUUACAUGUGUGUGCACUCUGCACUGCGCCCCACCCCCCUGCUUGUUCCAUGAGUGUGAAGAAUUGCAGCCUAAACCUUUCUUUCUUAAAAACAUUUGCAAGACACCCUUUGAGGCAGCUAACAAUUUUUAAAGAGAAAAAAUAGUCAAUUUCGAAGUAAGUCAGAUUAUAUAACUGCAGCUUAGAUCCCAAAUGUUUGCUUAAAUAAGCGAGCCCUAUAUUUUUCCUGAAGGUUAAUAAAGGGGUGAAUUGCUACAGCUCUGCUGGGAACUGAUUCAAAAGCCUGAGGCCACUGUCGAAAGGAGAGGGUGCAGGGAAUAAAUAAAGUUUAGUACUGCACUUUGAAUUCGUUUUUCCUCCUGCCUUAUUGGGUAGUGUGUUUAUUAUUUAUUAGCAGUUCUGCAGGUUUUAAGAUUUCAGUUAUGUUGGCCUUCCACUGGGAUCAGAAAUAAUUGCUGCUUCCUACUCACAUCUGCCAGACUCAUGGGAAGAGCUUUCUUCAGCUGCAUGUCUUGGCUUCUAGAAUUUCUGUGAGAUCCUUCCUUGACCGCUGCCAAGAAAAGCUAUUUCCUCUGUCUAGCGGUAGCUACUGGUACAAAGACUUGGGCCUUCUGCUGUAAUUGAUCAGUAACAGCUGAGCUGCCUUUACAUUUACACUUUGAUUACUACAGAAUCAAGACUCUCCAUCUCAUCCUAUCUAAAACAGGCAUUUCUAGGUUGAAAAUCUUUGCCAAAAGCCGAUACGAUUUACAACUUGUAUCCAAAUACUUACUGGUAUUUGGUUUUGUUGUCUGCCACUGCUGAAUCAGACAAAGGCCUCUAUAAUCCAGUACCCUAUGUCCCACAGCAGCAAACCACAAGCAGAACAUGUUGGUACUACUAACUACUAGCCUCUGUCCAGUAGCACCUUAGAGACCAACUAAGUUUGUUGUUGGUAUGAGCUUUUGUGUGCAUGCACAGAAGGUACUAACAAACUUAGUUGGUCUCUAAGGUGCUACUGGAAGGAAUCCACCCCCCCCCCCGACUACGGCAGACCAACACGGCUACCUACCUGCUACUAGCCUCCUGUUCUUCUUACCUACUAGCUACUCAUCUGAUCAUGAAAGUAGCAUACAGGCAUGAUGUCUAGUAGCUGGUGGUGUUAGGCUUAUUCUCUGUGAAGUCUGCUAAUCUCAUCUAAAUUAGUGGUGAUCUCCAUAUUUUAUGUUAGUGAAUUCCAUUAAAUUUUAUGCAAUUAUUUUUAGUUUAUGUAUAUGACACACAGAUAGAAGCUAUGUAUUCGGGAGACCUAGGUGCUGGGUUCUUAGUAUAAUACCAUGUUUUAGUGCUAUGCUGGUUUGAAUGUAUGCAUUAUUUGUUUGCUGAUGUUGUAAGUGGCUUUUGAGUUACAUUUUUUGGGGGGAAAUUAAUAAGUUUAAUAAAUAUCUUGCAUUUCCAUCAAAUAUUAAUUAUAUGGACAGCUUUUUUUUGUUCUACAUAGCAUCUUGUAUUGGUUCUUCUGUUUUAUAAAGUCAGGGUUUGAAAAAAUGGGUAAUAACAAUCUUGCAGUGUUCUCUAUCAGAAGAAAACUUUAGUAGAAGAAAUAUUAAUCUGAAUCUCAUGGCUGUUUCCAUGUUGUGAUUAAUUUUAAUACAGUGCUAUGAAGAAGAGGGUGAAAGCUAGGGAGAUACACUUUAAAAAGUAUGUGAGGCUCUUCUUUUCUGCUUCCUAAAUUCUAGAGCUUUGAUGUUUUUAGUUAUUACAUUUGAACCCUUUCCUCCCUCUGUGGUAAUGUUUCUUAUAGUUGACAGGUUUUUUUCCAGAGUUAAUUUUGGACACACACAGUUUCACAACAGAAAAGAGUCUUCUUAAGAAUGUGUGAGAACAAAAGCUACCCACUGGUAGAGGUGUCCCUUGUGUUUCUGCAUGAGUUAAUUAUUCUGAAUGUGCUUCCUGUUUGAAAGAAAGAAAAGCCAAUAGAGUAGCUUGUUCCCAUUUCCCUGAGGGCAACCAAUUUUGCUGCAUCUCUAUCAGGAGCAAUUGAUCUAAUUACACACAAAGCAGAGACAUGUCAGAAUUGUUCUCCAGUAGGCUAGAGCCAUUAAUCAUGCAGAUGCAGUGGGCAGCCUCCUCUGUGCUGAGUACUUUUGGCAAAGCUGGUGCUAUGAUUUUGGAAGCUCUUGGGGCAAGAGAUGGUUGGAGUACCUGCUUAUCAAGCCUCUUGCCCAGGAGCUUCCAAAAUCAUAGAAGUGAAUUGACGCAAGGGGCAGCAUAUCAGAUCAAAUGCUUCUGUUACUUCCUCAUCUGCUGCUUCAUCUUGCACCAAUUCAGAUUUUGCACAUGAAGUGGACCUAAGGUAAUCUGGGGUGAGGGUUCUUUCCCCAUAUGCAUAAUGCAUGCACUCAGUGCUUUUUGUUUUAGAAAAAAAAAGAUGCCGGUACUCAUUAUGAAGCUGUUACUUUAAAUGUCACACAUUUAACAUUUGGGGGGGAAGGUGCUGGGACUGCACACUUUAUGAAAAGUAGAUCUAAAAGGCUAAGGGAAGGGUUAAUUUUACGCUUAAGAAAAAAAGCAAACAUUGAAAAACGAACAAAUCUAUGAAAGAUUAUUGGAGUGAAUCCCAGUACACUUGGAUGUGGGGUUGCUCAGAUGGUCAGAGAUUGGGACAAAGGAACAGGGGCACCAUAUUCCUUAUUUAUGGUAUUGGAACUGGUAGGUGGGGAUUGAGUGACAGGCUUCUCAGCACAAUCAACGGAUUGAGUUUCUCAUAUCCAUAUAUAUUUGGAGGCUGGCAUAGUUUUAUUUAAAAAGGAGUUUGCUUGGGCUAUCCCUGGCCGUCUUGACAUAAUCAUGGGAUAGCUCAGAUUGUAUACACAAAUGUGGCAAGAGUUAUAGGUCUUGGCCUCCCUGAAUGAAUGGAGGCUAGGAAGACUGUGUUUUACUAAGAGGUCUUACCUAGAAUGGCAGACAAGAGAGCUGUGAAUCAUAUUUUGAAGUAUUCCCCAUCCAUAUGCUUGUGUAGCAUUGUCCUUGCAGCCCUAGUUACAGCAGUGGAAUUGAGGCUUUCAGCUAGUAUUUUUAUCUGGACCCCUGACACAUAUAAGGGAUCUGAGAACACAAGUAUUGUCUAUCUGGCCUUCCUUCUUUGUUCUUAGCCUUGUUUGUUUGUAUAAACAAAGUGCUCCCAUUAUUGAAGGUUCUAUAGAUAUGAGAGCACAGUAAUAUAUCAAAGUGCUUCUAUUAUUUUUGCCGCCCCCCCCCCAACAAAAGUUUGUGAAUCUGGAUUAUAUUUGAGUAACUAGUAACUGGUCUUUCUCCUUAGCUGACACAUAAAUUUCCCUUUGUGAAUUUCAACUAAAUGAACUUUCUUUAAUUUACUUUCAUGUUUUAUUUCAGCAACCCUAAGGCAUCUAGUCAAAGAGUAAAUAAGAAAAUCAACAAUGAUGCAUCACUUCGAAUUCAAAAUUUAUCUAUUUUGGUGAAGCAAAUAAAAUCAUACUAUCAGGUAAGUGAUUUUUCUUUCUUUUAAAAAGCAUUUGUAAAGAUGUGUUUUGUGGACAAUGCUAAGCUAAUAUAGACACAAUUGUCUAAAUUGUGAAUUUGGUUUGCUGUGCUGCUGUUCCUCUCCUUUCCUCAAAGAAACCCAUAAUGAAUCAGAAUGUCUCUAUUUGAAGUUGACAGUGAGCUAGUUAGCAGGUAACUUUAAAACAUGAUUAAAAGUAAACUGUGGUUUACCCAAAGAGCUCACUGUGCUGGUUCAUGCAGCUAAUAUAGUGCUUGCUUUGCUCUACCCAUGCUCUUUCUGCUGCCUUGCAGCCGGCAAACAAGCCAAGAGAUCCAAAUCUGGAUACUAUCCAAACAAACCAUGAGCCCAGGUUUGGAUGUCAUGAGAAGCUAGAAAUUGACUUGUUUUCUGAUGGCGUGCCAACAGUUGGGGAGGAGCAAAGCAAGCUGUGUGCAUUAGCAUUCUGCUGAUUCACAUUUAACCAGGGAUCACUAACACAGUGCCUGAGGGUGCCAUGGGAGACACUGGUGGACGUGAAAGGUCCCUACAAAUAUCUGCUCAAAAAUCCACAGUGCAUUAGAGACUGCUUUUCUCCUUCCUGUUGGCCGGGAUUGGAUAUCAACCCUCACUUCCAUUUAAACAGCUGAGAGGUGCAAAGAACAUCUCUUUGUGAAAGAGUGGUAACUAAUUUAGGUGUCUUCCCUCUCCCCAUUGAUGGGUGCAUGUCCACAUCUUUUUGUAUACCUGUCAUAGAUGGCCAUUAUUUCUUAUUUCUGUCAAAGCACCUAAACAACAUUCUUUUGAGUUGAAAACCAUCCUAAAUACAAUACUAAAAUUUAGAGGGCAGAGCAGGUUAAAAUAAUUGAUUUCCAUGACAGGAGUGUUGUGAUUGGAGUGUCAGAAUGUUGAUUCAUCCAGAAGGAACACUUUACCUUUCUGGUAUCUUCAUGUUCUGGUAUUUUCUGGUAGAACUAUAAAAUUUCAGUAUAAUGGGUUAUAUUUUAUUAUGUCAUACUCAGACUAAAACAAUUGAAAUUAAUUGGCGUGACUAAUGAGUCCAUUGUUGUCAAGGGUCUACCCUUGAGUAUGACUUAUUGGAACCAGCUGAAUGUAUUUUAAAUGCUGUCUGAUCCUUAAUUGCUUGGAUGUAGCUAAUACUUCCAUCAGCUCAUCUUUUUCUGAUCAGUAUUUUAUACUAUGGAACUUAGAUUUGCUUCCCAGUAAUGACUCAGCUUUAUGUGUACAGAAAAUGUAAACUUAAAUUCAUUAUAUUAAAUUCAUUUCAGCACCUCGGAUCCUUUAGAUUCAGUUCUGUUGUUACAUCAUUUUGUUACCUACUUAAAAUCCUAUCUUGCUUUGAGAAGUAGAUUAUCAGUUUCUUCAUAACUGUGUCAAAAUAUGUUGUACAACAGCUGAAAGAAAAGAGGACAGCCCUCUUAAUCAUGCAGAACAUAAAUUUGGACAUUUUUAUUGAACAUAUGGCAAAAUCCCUGUAAUAUAGAAAAACAGUCUUGUGCUGCCAAAUCUGUGUAUGUGUUAGCAGCUGCUGUGAUAGGUUUCCAGAUGUUAGAGGGAAUACACACCAACGUUAAAGAAUUAGGUACUGUCUAGACUGAGGAUUUUCGCUCAUUACCACUGCUGCACACUGGUGGCUGUAUAGUUAGAACAGGUCAACUUCCAUGAGAUUGUUCAUGGAACACAUAAAUUGUACUUGUUUUCUUUUUAAAUAUUUUUUUUCAUUCCUGGACAACACUGCACAUUCCAGUUGAAGCAAAUUUGCACUAUAUCUGUAGUCCUUGUUGACCUGACUAUUGUGAUACAGUUCAUUUUUGUCUGUCUGUAGUCUGCAUUUUUAAAUUUUCCUAGACCUUGAUCAAUGGAGGAAAUUACUUUUAUUAUCAAUUAUAUCUUGAAUAUGAUACUGUUUUUAAUUUGUUAACUUCAUACUUAAUGAGCAAUCACUGGGUUUUAAUUUUUUUGUCUCAGUCUUAUAUGCAUUAAACUACAUUAAAGUUAACAAAUGUUCAUUUUUCAUGUUUAUUGUGAGUGUCUGGUGGACCUAAUGCAGACUAGUCAGGUGGGUCUGAGGUUUUUUAUUAUUAUAAGGUUACAAAUUGUUCCUGGAGGAAUGCUUAGUGCAUGUAUCAGACAGCCUCCUACAUCAGUGAUAAUAUUAUUAAUUCAAUUUAUUUGUUGUCUAAUACAAAAUGUCUCUAGGCAGCUUACAUACAUAAUUAAAAACAACCACCAAGUAUACAAUAACAGUACCCCACCCCCCAAAAAACCCACAGAAAGCAUGAUGAUAGUAUUCUCUCAAAUGCUUGGGUUAAGAGGCAGGUUUUAAUCUGGCACCGAAAGGAUGUAAGUGUUGGAGAGUGCAUUUCAUAGAGCGAAGGGCAUCAGAUGAUGAUAGUAGGGACUGGAUACAUCCAAGUCUAAUGACACAUUCCCUUAGAUAAUGGGAUCCUGGGCUGAAUAGAGUUUUGCAGGUUGAAAGUUGCACUUUGAAGUGGAAUCAGAAACAUAUGUGCAGCCUCCUAUAUAUGGUUUAGACUAGGUACGGACUUUGGUCUUUCAAAUUUAAGCAGCGCCUUGUGCAAGGCCAAAAAUGGCCCCCGCCUUCCGUUCUGCUCAGUUCACUAGAUCAUAGUUGUACUGCCCUGCUUUGUCACCAGGGCUCGGUACCCAGUGAGGCAGAAAUGGUCACACUGCCCUAAAUCCACCUCAAACAGUGCAGUCCUAUGUACAAAGAUCAUUGGGUCUUACUCCUAGGUAAGUAUAGAUAAAGAAAUGUAGCCUAGGUAUAUGUUAAAUCAGAAGUGAGUUUGAAUGGGUGCUUCAUUAUUUUAAAGAUAUUUGUGUUUUUAGUUAACAUAUGGAUGGUGUGGUCAUCCUUCGCACAGCUCUUGUAAAUCUUUACAUUCAUUUCUAUAGGAGACAUUGCAACAAUUGAUUAUGAUGCCUUUGCCAAACAUCUUGAUAAUUGGCAAAAAUCCCUUUUCAGGUAAGUAGUAUAUUCAGUUUAAAGCAGACAUUCAGUGUUAAGUUUAUUAUUAAAUAUUUAGAACUCAACAUUUGCAUCAAAUUUUCAGGUGUUCAAAGGGGUUCCCAUUCAUUAUCAUAUUUAUGAUAACCCUGUAAGAUAAAUCAGUAUUAACAUAGGGGGAGACUAAGGAUGAAAGGCAGUAGCUUGCUUAAGACUGUCUCGUGAUCUCAUAACAGACAAGUUUAGAACUGAGAAUUUCCUGAUUCUUGACUUUGCUUACAAGGGAUUGCAUUACCAUCCCAUGCCCUAAAGGUCUUCAUCAAACUCAUAGUGGCAGUGGUAGCACACUUCUGCAUGGAAGAGAUCCAUCCACAUGUAUCUUUACCUGGAUGACCUGUACAAAGAGCCCUUCAACACAUAAAAUCAAACUAGCCACCCUAAGUGAUCAUGGGUUCCUAGUGAAAAGGGUACUUAUUCUUUUCAGGAAGGGUAUAGCACCUAGGAGUGCUAGUCCUAGCCAAAAAGUAAUAAAUGGUGUUGGUAGUGUACAAAUGAUUAUCUAAAGAUGUACACAGUGUGCUGUUUUUCUAAUAUUUUCAGAACAGGGCACUGAAGAAGUAAAAAAGCUGCUUCUACUCCUCCUUGGAUGUGCAGUUCAGGUGAGCUCUCAAUUAUACAACUGCUCAUGAUAUUCACUUAAAGGUAGCAAGCUGCUUUAUACCGAGUCAGAGUACUGGUUGAACCAAACUGGCAGAGGUUCUCUAGAGUGUUCAGACAGAAAUCUUCUCCAUUCCUACUGGAUAUAUGACAGCAAUUGAAACUGGGACCUUCUGCAUGCAGAGAGAGGGGGAAAUGCUGUUGUGCCCAGGUCCUGUAGUUUAACCAAGAAUGGAAGCAAAAGCUUUUGAAUUCCUCCAACCACAUGGAGGAAGGAAAAGAGGGAAGUGUGUGAAUCUAGGAGGAGGCUAGACUUGUUCACAUAGUUUAGUAUGAUGUCUGAAUGUAACUGUUGUGUCUAGGUACUCAGUUAUUGUUAAUGAGACCUUUAGAUAUUUCAGUAUGCCUAACAGAUAAAAUUUUAGGUCUUCUUGAGCUAUUAUGUUUAGCCAAUUGUAAUGUUAAUUUUGGUUAAUAUCUGUGUUUUAGUGUCAGAAGAAAGAAGAAUUCAUUGAAAGAAUCCAAAGUUUAGACUUUGAUAUAAGAGCUGCUGUUGCUGCCCAUAUACAAGAGGUAUUAUCUGGUUUUCUACUAUUAAAAUCUUAUCUAUAUAUGGAUUUUGGAGGCAGCCUUCCAUCUUGAUUAUUUUUUAUUCAGAAGAAUAUAAAUUAUAGUUACUACAGAUUAUGACGCCAAUAUGCUACACAGAACACACUGUAAAUCUCUAAAAUUAGAAAAAAUACAUUUAAAAUGUUUCUGAAACAAGUCUUUCUCAUCUUUUAAUACUAAGUGCCUACCCAGGUAACAACUUUAAUCACAAUGAAUGAAUGCAAGACAUGGCAUUUCAGUAAUUAUAGGGAAGGGAGAUUCAAACCAACUGAUGAAUUUGAGAGUUUAUCUGUAUUGUGAUUUAAAAAAGAGUGUGAACAAGGGUGUGCACAAGAUAAGAGCAAAAAAGUCUUGGGAGAAGAAGUUCAUGAGUCAAUUUUAGUUUCAACUUUAAAAAGCCAUAAAGGUGGUAUGCUAGAAAGGUGUUGUUGUUUAGUCGUUUAGUCGUGUCCGACUCUUCGUGACCCCAUGGACCAGAGCACGCCAGGCACUCCUGUCUUCCACUGCCUCCCGCAGUUUGGUCAGACUCAUGUUUGUAGCUUCGAGAACACUGUCCAACCAUCUCGUCCUCUGUCGUCCCCUUCUCCUUGUGCCCUCCAUCUUUCCCAACAUCAGGGUCCUUUCCAGGGAGUCUUCUCUUCUCAUGAGGUGGCCAAAGUAUUGGAGCCUCAGCUUCACAAUCUGUCCUUCCAGUGAGCACUCAGGGCUGAUUUCCUUAAGAAUGGAUGCGUGACUGCUAAGAGUAUUCAGAUAUGGUUUAAAGAGAUGGUAUUGUUGUUGGUACCUGUAUUUGUAUUAACUACCACUAGUCCUUAAUAGCAGUUGAGGAAUUUUUCAUUUUAAAAAUAAAAUGGAGUAGAUUUUUUUCAUUUGAUUUAUAGACGGCUUAAUAUUUAAAAAAUCUCUAAGUGGUUUACAGUAAUUUUACUUCUAAACAGAGAUGGUUUUAAUGUGCUAAAUAAAAUUAUUUAAAAAUAAGAUACGCUGCCAAGGCUGUAAUCAAUAUCUUCAUUCUUGAAGGAUGAGGCAAGUGAAACUAUUCCCAACUCACUGGAUUUUUUUAGGAUUAAGUGAUACGGAUGUCAGAAUGUUCCUUAAAAUGUAUUUAAGGUUAUGAAUCUUUGUUUCUUAAAGCUGACGUGGACUUCAAAUCUUUUGCUCCACAUUAGGUUACAGUCUAUUAGCACAUCUUUUCAUAGUCUUAUCACUGAAACAGCACAGUUUUCACUUUAUUGUUAUUUAUCAUAUGCAGGUAACUCAUAAUCAGGAAAACGUGUUUGAUCUCCAGUGGAUGGAUGACAGUGCUCUGUCACAUGACUGUAUUGAGUCUCUCCUAAAAAAUAUGGCAUUGCAUUUAAAAAGGCUUAUAGAUGAGCGAGAUGAGCAUUCUGAGGUAUGUGUCAUACUAGUUUUCCCCUUCUGCUAAUGGAUUUUUAGUUAUUAAAGAAGUGUGUUAAUUAGAAAAAAAGCCUGGGAGUAUAACUGCUCAACUAUUUGCAAAUACUGAAAUUUGAUAGAUUUGUAUAUUUUGUUGAUGUGUAGGUACACGUGGCCCCUUUCAGUGGUUAUGUUUUUAAUAUUACACUUCUUUAAAAACAACAGCCAGCUUUUGCCUUAGUGCUGAAAAUAGCUGGCAGCUAAAAGCAAUAAUUGACCUGUUUGCACAUCACAUUAAACCAUAGCUUAAAACAAACUAUGGCUUUAAGUGAAUGAACAGAGUGCUGAUGCACUCCUCAGAAGUUCACGUAGCACUCUUCCCCUGCUCUUACUGCUGCCAUUAGAAUACAGAAAUAUGAUUUUUAAUUGUCUUCUCAGUUCUCUAAACUGAGUGGUAUUGGCAGAUGAGCAUCUUGGCCUUGAAAAAUAUGGGUUAAAUUCACACACACCUACUUAUGGAGUCAGAGGCAAGAAUAUUGAAAAUCAGUUAUCUAGUGUCAUGGACUGGCUCGAUGCAGAGGAGUAGUGGGAGCACCAGCUGGGGAACUCCUUAAGGAACCCCCAGGGAAGAAGGCUCGGGUCCAGGGGAUUGGCGGUGGGACGAUGAUGAUUGGUCAGAGGGAGGAGGAGCAGACUGGGAGGAGGAGGUCUUAGCAGCAGGAGAGGUGACAGGGUUUAGUGAACAGGAGGAAUCUGUGGCAGAGAGCAGAGGGUGGCCAAGAGGCAGAGUGGAGACAAGCUGCUGAAGAAUCCAGGGAGUCUCCCCCUCCUGCUGCAUCUAACUGCUCUCCUUGAACUCACAGAGAAAUGAAACAGGCAGAACAGAGAGUGGGUGUGUGCAGGCACAGCCUGAGCUUGCAUGGGAAAGACACUGGGGAGGAGGAGUCCUAGUGGACACUGGGAAGGCGGGGACCUUCAGUCCUUGCAACUGCUUCAUUGGGGCAAGACCUAGAAAGAGUUACUGAGACCAGUAGGCGUGAGCUGUAGUUUGUUUCCUUAAAUAAAAAUUUAACUGCCCUGGCCUCGGGUGACCCCCCCCCCCCAUUGCUGACCUAUACCUAGCUCCUGCCCUGACAUGCUUAUGUGGUAAUCAAAGAUUUCAUGUUGUAUCUUAGACUAUCAUAGAACUCUCUGAAGAACGAGACUCUCUUCAUUUUCUACCUCAUGCAUCAGCAGCACAAUCACCUUGUGGAUCUCCAGGCAUGAAGCGCACUGAAAGUAGGCAGCACUUAUCAGUGGAACUAGCAGAUGCCAAAGCAAAGAUCAGAAGGCUUAGACAAGAGCUGUAAGUACACUGUGAAGAGUGCUAGGCGGUAAUGAGAAACUGUGGACCCUUGGGGAAGUAGUGUAGAAAUAGCCUUUUUUAGCUUGAAGUUUUAUAUUAAUAUCUGUAUUAUAUAUGCUGCUGUAGUUGUGUAUCAGACUUGUAUGGUUAUAUGUGGUUAGUUAACAGUUCAUGCCUAUUUUCAGUUCAUAUAGUUGGUAAGAUGGAAAAUAAUGCUUAAAGUAUCUUACAUUCUUAUAAGCACUUCCAAAUUCACAUUCUGUCUUAUCUCAGUUACAAUACUCCUAGGGUCAGGGUAUUUGAGUUGAACUUUCAAGUAAACAAGUGUAGAUUUUGAAUGAUAAGUCACUUGGUGACUUCAAUAUGACUUCCAGUUAUAUGAAUGUAAAACUGCAGCAUAAUUCUGUUGUGCUUACGCAGAGAAAUAUAAGCAUUUUUGCAAUUUGGCUCCUCUCUUUUCCAAUGGUGUAUUGGUGGUUUUGCAGGAAUGAAUUUCUGGAUGAGUUCAGUAUUUUUAUAAAAAGAUACGCAAGCACUUUGCACACAUAUUCAGGCUUGCAAUCAUUUUUCUUUUCUGAAGGUCAGUAUCAAAAGUUCCUCAGUCUUUUGGUGAUGGCUUGUGAAGUAUAGGCUUUUCUGCAUAGAUUCAGGGAAAGCAUUGGAACCUGAGUUUGUUGCAGGAUGUGGUCCCUAUGUUUAUUUAUCCCUGUUGUGUUGUCUUUUGUUGUGGGUAAAUAACUGUUUUAGAUUAAGGGAGUAUCUCAAAGCCAAGGACAUGUUUACUGCUCAAAGGUCGUAGAAUUGUAGAAUCUUAGAGUUGGAAGGGACCCAAAGGGUCAUCUAGUCCAACCCCCUGUGAAGGGGGAGAGGACAGGUUACCCCACCUAGGUCCGUGUAGUCACCCCCCCCCCCAACCAAGCCUCAAGACCUUUUGAGAGAUUUUGGACUGUAGAGAUUAUUGGACCUUUGGAGUUAUGCUAAAUGGCUACUAAUUUAACAACCGUAUCCCAAAAGAUUAAGAGUAAAUGUUACUUGACAAAUUUGUAAGAAGUUGUUGUUGGUGGUGUUUUUAAGUUGGUAUUUGGUCUGUUCUGUCAUGCCCCUUCCUGUUCCAUAGGGGAAGAAUUUGACAAUCCUGGCCUUAAAACAUUUCUUGAAUAUAAGAAUCUGAGACUGCUCUGAACUGGAGCUCAGUUUUAAAAAAAUUACCUAAAGGGGUGGUAGUUGGAGGCAGAAAAUGUCUAUGAACAGUGGUUAUAGAGGAACAAUAACUUAGGGCAGUACAGCUCUGGUACUUUUGUCACAGCAGGAUGACAGCACCAUCCUUGCCAUGGUUGUUUUAUGGUUGACAGCUGAUCCUAAUAAAUUAGUUAUUCUACUGUCUCUGCUGCUUUUGGGGAUUUGUAAUGAAGUGACAAAGCCGCCUGCACUUCUAGAUUCUCCUUGGAGGUGUGACUGUGGACUUUUUGGUUUAUGGCUAAUGAAGGCUGUUAUGAAGAGUGCCUACACUUUAAAAUUUACCCCAUCCCACUGACUUUGAAAUCUACUGCCAGAAGCCACUAUCUAAGUCUAUUAUACCAAAUUCUAGGUAUUUCUGCCAACCUUUAUCAGCUAGGAUUUUCAAGGGUCUAACUUGGAACUAGUCACCUCCUUUCUUCCAGACAUUGAAUAUUUAUUGGUGACUGACAAUGAAGUAAGCCUUCUAAGUAAGAUUAAACUUUGGAUAUUAUACACUCAAUUCUGAGUCUGCAAACAAAUCGGUUUUGUGUCAGUUUUCCUAAGUAAAGGAUUUAUUUGCAAAAUAUGUGGCAAAUGCACGAUAGCUGGCAGAAGGUGACAGCCCCUGGUGGGGUCAGCUUAGGUUAAUGAAGUUGUUUUGCACUCAGCAACAGUUGUACUGGAUGGCUAUACAUUUGUUUGCCAUUACCAUGCCACAAUAGUCUUUUAAAAUAACCUUAUUUUUGUUUUUUAAAAAUCCAUAAAAACAAGUGUUAUCAUCACAUCCCUCAAAUCAGGGUGUUGUGUUAGAAGAAAUUUCUGCUUAUUCUAUCAGCUUUAACCUAAGUUGCCCAACAGCUGUUCUAUAAUUGUCUGGCCUUCUAUUUAAUUUUCUGAUGUGUGCCAUAUGGUGCUGGGAACUUUGCCAUUUGAAUAAUGGGAGGGUGUGCCUUUAUGCCAGUGCCUGAGGUCAGCUCGAUGACACCCCACUCAACUGGGCUAUUAACAGUGUGUCCCCUUUGAGAGGUAUGCCUUCUGAGCUUUCUGGAAUCCAGCCACAUGCAUGUGUGUUCACUUGCUUUGUCUCAUACACUGGGCUGCUUGACAACUAUGAUGCUGCUCCCAAAUGAUAAAGUCCUAUCCUGCCAUUCAUUGAACAGGUUAUAGCAUCAAGACAAUAGCACUCAAAUCUGAGAGUUAGUGUUGAAUUGUCAUUGUAGGAACUGCAGACCAGUGUUUUGAAUCAUAGCCCAGCCAUGAACUCUGUGAGUGGCCUUAAUAGACCCAUAUAAAAUCUCAGUUAUUCAUCCCCAUAAUUGUGUGCGAGAAGUGAUUCAAACACACUAUAAAUUGCAAGGUUUAUUAUUACCUGUUACCAAGACUAAUUCAACCAUCUUAGAGUUUUGUUAUGGAACAGAGUUGCAAAGAUACUAGCAAAAGCUCAAUGCAUACUGGGCAACCAUUUAGAGACUGAAUGACUAAGAAAACAGGGUAAUCCAGGGUAGAACUUCUUUCCCAACUGCCCGUCAAAAGUUGAUUGUAUAUCAAGUACCCAUCUGAAACAGUUGUGAGCACAUGAUGUUGCUCAGAUUCCAUCCAAUUAUAUUAAUAACUUUAGUGACUUCACUUUGGUUGAUGUGUGUUUCAUCACUGAUUUUGCACUGGACUGCAGCAGUGAUAGUCUGGGUGAGUUCCAGUGGUUUUCAUCAAAUAAUACAAUAGAGGACAAACAUAAUAUUGGGACAUUUACAGGAUAGCCUAUACCUGCUAAGUAUACUAAGAACGAUGUAAUUCUUACAAAAGAGUUUUGACUAUACAGUGGUACCUUGCAAGACGAAUGCCUCGCAAGACAAAAAACUCGCUAGACGAAAGGGUUUUUUGUUUUUUGAGCUGCUUCGCAAGACGAUUUUCGCUAUGGGCUUGCUUCGCAAGACGGAAACGUCUUGCAAGUUUGUUUCCUUUUCUUAACACCGUUAAUACAGUUGCGACUUGACUUCGAGGAGCAACUCAUAGAACGCGGUGUGGUAGCCUUUUUUGAGGUUUUUAAAGACUUUGGUGAUUUUUGAAGCUUUUCCAAAACUUUCCCGACACCGUGCUUCACAAGACGAAAAAAUCGCAAGACAACAAAACUCGCGGAACGAAUUAAUUCGUCUUGCGAGGCACCACUGUAUCUUCUAAAACUGACAGAGUUAAUUGUUAUCUCACUUCAACUCUCUCUCCGCCCCACAAGCAUACACAAAGUAAUAUAUUUUAGUCAUCAUGAGCACUGGAAUAUAAGAGAAACAGAUCUCAUUUUCUGAUGUGUGGAUUAUUACAUGUCUGUUGAAGUGAGCUUACUCAAGAUAUUCUGUAAACAGCUGCACUAGGAAAAUUAAUGCAAAUUGCUGUUAUUAAUUUGACUGGCAGUUAAUAGACUAAACAGUGCACACUGCUGCAUUCUGUAUAAUUAAAAACAAAUCAUUUUAUACUGUAGUUGAAGCACACAAUUGGAAGUAUAGACAUCACUGAGAACAUGUUACCACGUUUGCAGUGUGUUGGAUUUAUUUACAAAUAAAGUUACAAAUAAAAUGCUAAAUUUAUUGAUUAAGUUGUUUUUAGUAGUUAGUACUACUGUACCCUGUAAAUUACAUUCCACUUAAAAUUGCAUAUACAACAAGAAACUGAUAUGCAGCAGUACCUUGGGUUACAGACGCUUCAGGUUACAGAUUCCACUAACCCAGAAAUAGUACCUCGGGUUAAGAACUUUGCUUCAGGAUGAGACCAGAAAUCGUGCGGUAGUGGCAGGAGGCCUCAUUAGCUAAAGUGGUACCUCAGGUUAAGAACGGUUUCAGGUUAAGAACGGACCUCCAGAACCCAAAGUGUUUGUAACCCAAGGUGUUUGUAACCCGAGGUACCACUGUACUUAUCUUAGGAAACUGCCUUAUAUCAAGUCAGAAUGUUGACCCCUCAAGUCAGCGUACUCUGACUAGCAGUGUCUCUAAGGUUUCAGGCAGGAAACAAUUCCAGCCUACCUGGAGAUGCCUGGGAUUGAACAUAGAUAUAACCUUCUGAUCUAUGUCCCUUCCUCUCAGAGUUCAUGUUCUGGUUCCGUUUACAGCUUUCUCUACUAACUGCAGUAUUGUUUGCCGGUAUUUUCACAUCUUUGUCUCUCUUGCAUUUUUCAUAUCUCAGUCACAGCUCUUUUAAACUCAUAAAUAUAUUAUUUCAACUCCCCGUCCCAUCCAUUCAGAAUGCGAGUAGAGUCCUGAAUAAGUUUUUCGUCUCCAAUAGUUCCCAACACCAUAUGGCACACAUCUGUUCCCCCCUAAAAUGUGUAACACUCAGUUUCCUCAAGUUCCUAUACUGAACAUUUGACCAUUCUGGUCAGCACAGCCUAUUUAAUAAAAGAGAGCAGUGCUUGUAUAACAAACAACAUAACAUACGAUGGAACCUUCUCCCUAUUGCAUUAAUUGAAAAGUCUUUUCUGCAGGAUUGUGAACUGUAGUAUUUGGUGAGGAUUGCCAAAAAUGGUGCAAAGACACCUUGGGCAAGCUGUCUCUGCCACAUUUUUGGCGAUUCUCUUCUCUUGCUGCAGCUUCCUAUUCCAGGAUUUUCCUGAGGGUUCCCUGAUUACAAUCCCAAUGCCUUUUAUUGUGGUCUAGUUGAUGACUGAAGGGUCUUACAGUGCUUCGGCGAUAAAUGUUUCAUAAAAAAACACCGCGUGUAUGGAGAUUUAAGGAGCAAUUACUAUAAAAACAUUUUUGUGUGUAUCCUUGCAAAUUAUUUUCCUCAAACUUAACCCUAUGUACACAGAAUCUUUUAUAUAAUGUCAGAUUUAGACUGUGAUUUUCUAAUAUUGAAUAAUUUGGAUAUCUUUUCUUCAUUUUUAUGAAGCUUGAAGUAAAUUUCCUUUGGGCAUGUAAAAAUUCAUAAUAAACUUGGAUUCUUUGUUGUAUGUAUAAGGAUAGGAAGAGAACAUUUAUUUACACAUCCUUGCAGAAGUAGAUCGGAGGAUAAUAAUUGACAUUUUGAGCAUUAGACAUUGAAAAUAAAGCAUAUAUGAUGUGACUGUUGACUAGGGUUUGCCUGCUUUUUAAUGAACUUUUGUAGUCCUGCUUUUUAGCAGUAGUUCAAGCUUAAGGAAUUGGCAGGUGAAACUUUCCUGUUUGAAAAGUAGGCAAUCUGAUCCAUUUGAUAUUUUAUUUAAGCUAGUAGGCUUUAUACAAUUCUUUAAAACCAAACACAGAGCUAAUAUCCCUUAUUGCAGUGGUUCCCACUUGGUGAUCCACAGACCCCAGGGGGUCAUAGAAUCAUAGACCAUGGCCCAUUCCAGUCAACUGGGGAGGGGGGCUACUGGGUUGCUUUUUUUAUUUUGAUUAUGUAUUUUGUGGUUUUAUAUUUUGAUUUUAAUCUGUGAACUGCCUUGAGACCUCCAGGUAUAGGACGGUAUAUACAUUCAAUAGAUUUUUUUAAAAAUUUACACACAAACACACUGUCCAAGCAUCCCAUUUCACAGUGCCCAAAACCACAUGAGAUCGCAGGGCUCCAAAACACACAUUUUUGGGCGCUGUGCUCUCUCGCAGGAGUGCAGCCCAGAAGAUGCGCACCAUAGUUCUGCGCAGGGACACAUUGGAGGGUAUGGUGGUACCAUUCACAUAACAAAAACUACCACAGAGAUAUCAACAUUUUCAAAAGCAGGGGAUCCUAGUUAAUUGGGAACCACUGUCUUACUUGAUAUGCUGUUAACUUUUGAAGAAAUCUGUGAUCCCCAGGUAAAGAGCAAGCCUGUGUUCAUGAGAAAGAUGUUAGAUAAAUUGUACUCACUAAGCAUCAAGUUAAAAAAUGCAUGUGAUGUGUUGGUGGGGUUGGGGGGAAGUGUCUUAGAGUGCAGAGAGUUAAGCACACUCCCAGCUCUUCCUGGUUCAUGGUUGAUGAAUCCAGAAGUUGGGCUUUUUUGCAAGACAAACAAAAAGCACCCUUCAGGCAUCUGAAGUAUAAAUUCUGGUGUGAACUAUGAAGGGGAAGUCUAUUCAUUUUGUUCUGUCCCUUUCUUCUUUAGUUCCUGUUUUUAAUUAAAUAAUUUUAUUUUUAGUGAGGAGAAGACUGAACAGUUACUGGAUUGUAAGCAAGAACUGGAACAAAUUGAAGCUGAAUUGAAAAGACUGCAACAAGAGGUUUGGAAAUUAAAGAUAACUUCUCAGGCCAUUGUGCUUAGAUUAAGUAUAGUUUAUCAGUUUAAUUAAUUACAUGUGUUGUCAUGCUCCAAGCUAGGACCCUGAAUUAAAUAGGUUUUUGUGCUAAGGAGCUCUGGGUUCUGCCUCAAGUCCAUAUUUUGGUUUUUUUGGAUGUGGUAUUUUCCUGUUCUACUUGAGGUUCAUUCAAAUGUUUGGCCAAUAUGAUAUUAUUAUUAUAUGAAACCUGUGUUGAAAAGUGUUUUCAAAAACAUGGAAGAAUAAAACUGACAUGUAGAAAAAACAAUUGGCAUUACUUUUAUAAUGAGUUGUUAUUGAUUUCAUCAGGUUUUAAUGACAAGUCAUCAAACAUAACUUGAUUCCUACAGUUUAAUUGAGUUUAAAGCAAGCAGAGCAUGUUUGUGAAACUGGUCAUUGGACAACUCAGUCUCCUCAAGGGAAUAAUUCCUUUGAAGAGGAACAUUACAGCAUUGAAAUUGCCUCAACACUUUUAUAUACAUAUAAGAAAUAACACAGUUAUCCUGGGAUUAAGAUAAUUAUUUGAUUACCACCUUUUCUGUAAAACUAGCAAUCGUGUUACAGUAAUUGUUUCAAAAUUUCAGUGAGAAGGCGAAUUUCCAGCUAAAUAAUGAGAUUAAUAAUAUAUCGGGGCUUCAGUUUUCUCCACAAUUACUUUGAAGCAAACCUCAUUGAAGUCAUGCUUAUUUCCAUGUAAACGCGCAUAGGAUUGAAUUGCAUGCAGCGCAUGCAGAUUUCGUACAUGGAUCUGAAUGCAUUUUGUGUUUUGCUUCUCAUUGCCUUUAGUAUUUUGAAUAGCUUAGUGUCUUUCUCCAAGCUUUAACUUUGCCAUCUUGCAUGAAAACUCAGUGUUGCUCACUGCAGAUCUGUAAUGUCAAUGUUUUCUUCUACAAAAUAAUUAAUAAUUAAAUAUGUUUGUUUCGUUUGCUAGAAUAUGAAUUUGCUUUCAGAUGCCCGUUCUGCCAGGGUGUACCGUGAUGAACUUGAUGCUCUCAGAGAGAAGGCAAUCAGGGUUGACAAGCUUGAAAGCGAAGUCAGUCGGUAUAAGGAGAGGCUACAUGAUAUUGAAUUCUACAAGGCUAGAGUAGAGGUGACUUGAAAUUCAAACAUUAAAAAUUAAAGUUUUAUUCAUUAGUAGCUUCUGAAUCUGGUUGUUUUGAAGUCCUGAUUUUCAUGUAAUGGAAAGCUAUGAUUAACUGCAACUUCCUAGUUUCUUUCCCUGCUUGUGUGAUUUGGGAGCAAAGUGGUUUCAUACGAGGGGUUGUAUGCAAGCACACAAAACCUGUCCACGUCAGUCGCUUAAUCCUACCCUUCUGUACUGGAGGUUUAUUUGUUUGUUUUUACUGUUAGGGAUUUUGGUGUUUGGAUUUAUUUAUUUUUAAGAUUUUUAUUACAAUUUUUAAUAAUACAAUAAAAUAUAGAAAACUAAUGUAGAUAAAAAUCAAAAACAGGGUCAGGAGCAAGUAAGCCAUAAAUCAUAUGAUGUAAGUGAAGUUAACUCUUUACUAGAAAAACAGGAUCUGCUCAGGAGUGUCAGGCCUAAAUGCGCACAACAACUCUUUGGUAGAUCUUGCCCCUAUGAGGCAAUUGUGGAGACUGAAGGUCCCCGCCUUCCCACGGCUGCCUAAGCCUCCUCCUCUCCCCAGGUCCUUCCUAAGCAUCUGAGACUACGCCAACGUGCCUAUCUGUGCUCCUUCUGCUUCAUACCUCUCCUGGACCUGGAAGACCAGGAGGGUGGGGAGUCUGUUGCAGCAAGGCAGAGAGAAACCAUUGCUUUUUCACUGGCUGACUUGUCUCUGCCUCUUGGCCCUCCUUUCCUGCUUCUGCCUCUGAAUCUGAUUCUGGACUUCUCUCCUUCACAGACUCAGCCUGCUCACUAAAGCCUGUUACCUCUUGAACUCCCAACACCUCCUCUUCCCAGGUUUCUCCUUUUGACUUCCCACCACCACCAUGUAUUCCCACCACCAAUCCCUGGACUCUAAGCCUCCUUCCCUCAGGGGUUCCCCAGUCGGUGCCUCCCACCAUUCCUCUGCGUCCAGCUAGUCCAUGACAUACAGCUACAAAAAGUACAUAUAGAAUUGGAGUCUUCUCUUAAAGAUAGUUGUUGACUUUUACUAUCCAUAGAAUGGAGUAUCUCCUCCCGGCUCUCACCUAGGAUCUUUCCUUUCUCCUCCCAGCCUCUCACUCUAGGAGACAACAUACCCAGGGUCUCUCCAUCAAUCAUCUACCAUCCCCAUGAGUGUACAAUCCCUGGACCCUAAUAAUGCCUCAAGCAGAGGACUUGGUGUUUGAAUUUAGAAUCUGCUUCUGUGACUUCCAAAGUGGAUUCUGAAUAUUAAUACAAUUUUAGCUCAGGGGUCAGAAUGAUGUAGCUGUAACUGUCAGGAGGUCCUACACACGAGUAGGAGUCCAGCAGAGACACAUGCCCGACUGGCAUGUUCUCUCUCUCCUGGUCAUUCAUUCAGGAGAUUCAAAAGCUUUCUCCAACCCGAACAUCACAGCGACUGAUGCCAAGAGGCAUCAGCACACUUCAGGAUCAGCAGAGUAUAGGCAGUCAGCGUUCAGACUCAGUUGCGCAGCUUUUUGGCUAAACUACAUUUAUUUACAUAUACACACUCGGAGCAUCGUAACUCAGCGCUUUCCUCUUCAGCAUCAGACAGCAAAGAGAGAGGACAAAGGACAAAAAUCCUACAUCACGGAAACACAAUAAUAAAAACAUCCUGUCUCCAUCACUUCCCAAAAUGUGGAAUGAAAACAUACACCGUCAUGUGAUAAAAACAAUCCCAUGACUGCAACACUGGGAAUGAAUCCUAACAGUAACUUCAUCAAACUUUUGUGUGUGACACAACUCUGUUAAAAGCUUAAUUCAGCAAAUUAUCACUUUUGUUACGUUCAUGCCAUUUUUAUGUUCUUUGACGCAGUGAUCCUCAGCUUCAGUUUUCUUUCUGAUUAUUGUAGGAGCUAAAAGAAGAUAAUCAAGUACUGCUAGAAACAAAGACAAUGUUGGAAGAUCAGUUGGAGGGAACCCGAGCCCGUUCUGAUAAACUGCACGAACUGGAAAAGGAAAACUUACAGUUAAAGGCAAAACUUCAUGAUAUGGAAACGGUGAGCAUACAACAUGAGACAUCAGAUGUGUAGGUUUUAAAAACAGAAUUAUGCAGGAUUAAUUAUUAUAGGUGACAUCCAGUUAUAUUUGCCUAUUUGCUUAGUGGGACUUCCUACCUGUGUGUUCCAGAUCUGCUCUGGAGAGUCCCCUAACUCUGGACUCCUGCUGCAUGAGCAAAAGCCUGCUCACGUGACAUUAAAUGUCACUCUAUGAAUCUGCUAAGGCAUGGUUUGUUAACAAACACAGAAUGUUGGCUUUAUAUUGAAUCAGGCAGUUGGUUUAUCUAGCUUAGUACUCUCCAGAGUUUUGGACAAGAGGAUUUCCAGCCCGGAGAUUUCAGGGAUUGAAACUAGGGCCUUUUGUAUGCAAAGUAUGUGCUCUUCCACUUAAAUAUCGCCCUUCUACUAACAUCAUCUUUACUAAAAACAAGUUAAAAAGUUAUUUAUGAUACUAUGUUGUGCUUGAAAUUUUUUUUGAAAACAACAACCGGUUUUAUUUAUUUUUAUUAUUUGCUUGCUUGCUUGCUUUUUUCUUAAGAAACAAGGGUGUUUGAUGUACAGUGGUGCCCCGCAAGACGAAUGCCUCGCAAGACGGAAAACCCGCUAGACGAAAGGGUUUUCCGUUUUGGAGGUGCUUCGCAAAACGAAUUUUCUAUGUGCUUGCUUCGCAAGACGAAAAUGUCUUGCGAGUUCCUGCGGGGUUUUUUUCCUUUCCCCCCCCUUUUUCCCAAGCCGCUAAACCGCUUAUCAGCUGAUGGCUAAGCCGCUUAUCAGCUGAUCGUUAAGCCGCUUAUCAGCUGAUCGUUAAGCCGCUUAUCAGCUGAUCGUUAAGCCGCUUAUCAGCUGAUCGUUAAGCCGCUUAUCAGCUGAUCCACUAAGCCCGCUAAGCCGCUAAUACUGUAGCACUAAUCCGCUAAUGGGCUUGCUUCGCAAGACGAAAAAACCCGCAAGACGAAGAGACUCGCGGAACGGAUUCUUUUCGUCUUGCGAGGCACCACUGUAGCAUGAUUUUGGUAACACACUGUAUUGAUAUAACAUUCAUUAAAAAAAUUAAUGGUUGAUUUUUAAAAAUUAUGUUUUCAAGGAUAGGAUUGCAUAGCAUCAUAAUCUUUAACAUCUGAUAAUACGAUUGUAUAUACAGGGGUCAACCAUUUUAGAUGCGUCCAAUUGACAUGUGAUUGCCAACACACAGGUCCUUUUGUAUCUGAAAGAGGGCAUGCUCUACUGGCAUAAGUUUAAAUAGGUCUUUUUUCCACUGCUAACACUAGAUCAAGAUCCUUUAACAUAAAAAGAUUAAGUCAGUAGCAUUGUGCAAAAUUUUUGUUACUGAAAUAGGUUGGUGCACUUUGAGAAGAACUUUUAAAGAGUUUUUUCCCCAUGUAAACAAUGUUUAAGGAACGUGAUAUGGACCGGAAGAAAAUUGAGGAACUUAUGGAGGAAAAUAUGACACUUGAAAUGGCUCAGAAGCAAAGUAUGGAUGAAUCACUGCAUUUGGGCUGGGAACUUGAACAAAUAAACAGAUCAUCUGAACUUUCUGAAGGUAGAUGAAGAUUUAAUUCUGCAUUUUCUUAUUUUCUUCUGUUUAUAUGGGAAAUAGGCAACUGAACAUUGCGAAUAUUCCACAUGCUGUAAACAGAUAUCCUGUAAACAGUUCUCCUUGGAUGGGCCCAAAGAUGUAGCCAUGUGAACAGAGUAAUAUGGCUCAACAAUAGGUGAACCAUAAGUGUAGUUUGGUGAGUGUUUGGGCUGGGUUAGCUAAACAUUUAAUAGUUUAAGGGAGGUUGCUGGUUGGAUUCACAUGUAACUCCAAGCCAGAGUUAAAACACACAAAAGUUUGUAAGCCAGCAACACACCAUUAUGUCACAUCAUGUUUUGUUGACAGUAGACAAAUGAUCAUUAAAUUAUUGCUUAGUCUUAUGGGAGAACUAUUAUAUCUUCAGUGGUAUGUGGCAGGAGCACGAUCAAAUAGGGAGUGGUGUGGUUCGCUUCAACAUGAUUCCAAGGGUGCAGUGUCAAUUGCAUAUAAGAAAUAUCUACAGAUAAUGGAUGGGAAACUUAAGUCAUUUCCAUUUUUUGAAAACAAACCCACAGCACCACGAAAGUCACUUGGUCAUGAAGUGAAUGAACUGACUUCAAGUAGGUUACUGAAACUAGAAAUGGAAAACCAAAGUUUGCUAAAGACGGUGGAAGAGUUGCAAAAUGCAGUGGGAUCUGCAGAAGGCAGCAGUUCAAAAAUGCUGAAAAUGGAAAAGGAAAACCAAAGACUAAGUAAAAAGGUACCAUUUUUAUUGUGUUUUUAAAAUAGGAAGAAGGUAAAUCCUAGCAAAUAAUUCAAAAAUGGAGAUUCUAAAAACAUCUUAGACUGUUAAAAGUUUCUGUAAGCUUUCUAUCAUGAACUUCAUUGUAGGUUCCCUGUCCUAAGUCUUGUUCCAAAUAAAUGUUUCUGAAAUAUACUCGGAGUCGAGAGUUGAUUUCAUGCUCUUUAUUCAGCUCAUAGCGGUGAGGAGGAAUGGAAGUUCCCCCAGAAUGUCUGCCUUAUAUACAUUAUUUACACAAUGGGCCCCACGUGAUUGGCUAAUUUCAGGAUUCUUCUGUAGGCCAAUCAGGUUGCAGAUUCCCUUCCACCUGGAGCUGGAUUGGGUGGCUCCUGUGGACCAAUCAGACUGCUGCAUUCUGAAUCCUAUUGUUGUAGGACCAGUCAGACUGCUGCCUUUUGGAUCCUGUUCAACUCAGUACAUAACAGUUUUGUUUAAUAUCAUCUGUGUAUGUUUAGCCAGAGGAUUUACUGAUUAGUUUGACAAACAUUUUCUGAAAUAAAGCAACUCUUAAUGGUUUGCUGUUUAUUUUUUUGUAUACAUUUUCAAAAUUAUAUAUAUUAAAUAUGUGGCCUAUUUAUUAGUCAGACCUUUUCUGCCCUGUUUCAUGUAACUUUUCUCAAAAUUGGAACAGGUCAGAAAAAAUAUGAAGAAACACAAUUGACAAAUGCCUUUUAAUACGUAAUAAAGAAAAUAUAAAUUCUGCUUUGUUCUAUGCCCAUCUUUUUAAAUUUUGUGGUGUUACACUACCUAGAAAUAUUUCAUCCGAGUAUAUUUUGCUGUAACUAUAUUAAUGUUUUGGUGGGUUACACACACUCUUAAGUUUCCCUUGGCAAACCAGGCUUCUAAACAGCAACCACUUUUGAAGGCACAGUUUGGAUUCAAAGCACACCUGCAAAUAGCAUAAAAGGGGCUGGUUAUCAGUGCUAAUCAGCAGAUCAGGAGCCUUCCAUUUUUUAUUAACUGCAGUUGCUUGUUUCAUCUAUACACAACAAAGAAUGAUUAAUCCUAACAAUGGUUUAGUUGAAACAAGCCAUCUUCAAUCCUUGAGUUAUCAAUCUGACUUGUUUCAACAAAUUGUAGUUAAGAUUAACCUACAGUAGAGCUGGGAUGUAACGCUAAACUCUGGCUAAUCAAAAAACAGAUGUGAAAGCUGCUGAUCUGCACUUCACAGCCACACUGGUGGAGGAGAAUGUUUUAGCCCAAGGCUUGCUGCAGUUUAUCUCUUCAAAAUAAUGAUUUAUUAUUAUAUUUAAAGUGUUUUUGAUUCUAAUACAAAUAACUGUUUUAAUCCGCAAGAUGUUCAAUGUAUUUUAACACUCUUUUACAAAAUGCAGUAUAAAUUCUUGUGCAGAACAAUAUUUUCAAUAGAAGCUACAUAAAUUUUCAGAAAUAAAGGUAUUGAAAAACCAGAUAUUCUGGACACUUCUGUAUGUUGUCCUUGGUCUUUAAUUUCUCUUAUAGGAAAAUUUCAUUUUGGGGGAUACGGGCUUAAGAAACAAAUAAUAGCUAAAAACUUUCGGCAUAUCUUAUACACUGUAAUGUGAAAUUUUAUCAAUUUUAUUUUGUUUUUCUCUCUCUAGCUGGAAGGACUUGAGAAGGAACUUUCUGAAGAGAAACAAGGUCUUCAGAAUAGUCAGAAUCUUAGCAAAGAUCUAAUGAAAGAGAAAGCCCAACUUGAAAAGACUAUUGAGACUCUAAGAGAAAACUCAGAGAGACAGGUAAAAUGACAAAGAUUUCCACUUGUCAACCAUAACUUUCUUUAGAUGGUCAAGACUGACAUUUUAAAAUAAUCGUAUAUGUUACAUUAUAGGAUAUGGUAAUCAUGGUCAAUUUUUCCUGCUACUGUUUCCAUGUUUUUUUCAAAUAUGUUAUUUGCCUUUUUCUAUUCCUCCACUUUGUCAGAAUGCCUUGUGGGUGGACUACGUCCAUGUUUUUUCCACUAGUAUCUAAGCAGGCAGAGAAGCUUCAUGCUUUAGUAAUCGUCUGUACUGCGUUUCUUUCAGUCCUAGUGUUUUCUAACAUUGCAAUCCUAACAAUGGAUUGUCUCCAAUGCUAAUCGUACUUGGAGUAGCUACAGUGACAUUAAUAAGCUCUUUUAAAUUAGGGUCCUUAAUUUCAGUGGCUCUAUUCUGAGCAAAACUUAGUUGGCUACAACCCUGUUUACCCCAAAGUUCUGUAUUUUUCCGUGUAUAAGACUAGGGUUUUUUUUUAAAACCAAAAAAUUAGGUUUCAAAUUGGGCUCAUCUUAUACACGGGUAGUGCUGAGGGGUGUUUUCUUAAUUUGGAGUCGCCCAAAAUAGGGGGCGUGUUAUACAUGGUGGCAUCUUAUACACGGGAAAAAUACGGUAAGUCUAGUUGAAUUCAUUGUGACUUACUGAGUUAAGUAGAAUUGGAAUUGUGAUUCAAGGAUCCAUCACCCGCUUUAGGAUAAGAAAGACACAUGGACACGGUAUAUAAGGUUAAUGGGCUAAAAAAGGCCACAACUUUAUUGAUUACAGCAUGUGAGAGGUAUUGGCUUAGGCAUUGGAUGAACCACAGCGAGUGACUCCACCCCCUCAGGGAGGGGUGAGUCUAUCAAGGGUUAACCAGUGGGAGGAGCCUGUUGAUGCAAAUACAACUGAAAGCUCCCCCUGAUGUUACCGGGGGUCGUGCCAUGGGGUAGCAGCACAAUGGACGGGAAUUGCUGCCGCUAAUGCAGCCGCGUUUGAGCGGCGAAACCCCACCCCCAAGCCUCCACCUGGUUGGUUGGCUGCCCGGGGGCAUGGCGCAGCAGCCGGGAUGGCUGGGCAGGGGCCAAAACGCCCCCUGCCAAGGCGGGAAACGGCUCCCGCUCACAGCUCCUCCCUUCUGCAAGGAGGAGAGGCUUUGCAGUUUAAGUGCUUAACUAAGCCCUUCCUCCUUGGCAAAACCUUUCCAAUUCCACUUUAGUUCUUUGGGUCAUACAACCAUUCAUAAUCCUGAGCUCAAAGAAGUCCAGGUACCAAAAUGUUAGCCUUCCAUCCUCAGUCAGUACUGUUAAAUGAAACCCCAUAUGUUGGUGUAACGGACAGAAUUCUUAAAGAAGAACCCUGUGAGAUUCUAGAGCAUCUUGCUCUCCUACGUCCCUGAAAUAGGAUGAGAUCUGGAUUUAAUAGGUUUGUAGGUGAGGCAGUUCUGUGAUUGCUUCACAGCAUACCUAAGACUUAACUUUAUUAUUCAAACUGGCUUAAUACUUUUGUGCUCUUUAAAUCUUGGAAUAUUUUUUGUAACUAAUUUUGUUAAUGUAAAAUAUUUUUAGCCUGAUUUAAACUUUCAUUUUAAUUACUUAGAUUAAAAUCCUGGAACAAGAGAAUGAGCAUUUGAAUCGAACAGUGGCUUCCCUCAGACAGCGUUCACAAAUCAGUGCUGAAGCAAGAGUGAAAGAUAUUGAAAAGGAAAAUAAAAUUCUCCAUGAAUCUAUUAAAGAGACAAGCAGUAAAUUAAAUAAGAUAGAAUUUGAAAAGAAGCAACUGAAGAAAGAGUUAGAACAUUAUAAAGAGAAGGGAGAAAGAGCAGAUGAACUGGAGAAAGAAGUUCAACAUCUUGAAAAAGAAAACGAACUAUUACAGAAAAAGAUUACCAACUUAAAGAUUACAUGUGAAAAAAUAGAUUCCUUAGAACAAGAGAACUCAAGUCUAGACACUGAAAACAGAAAGCUGAAAAAGACUCUAGAUAGUCUUAAAAAUCUCAGCUUUCAAUUAGAGUCAUUAGAGAAAGAGAACACACAACUUGAUGAAGAGAAUUUAGAGCUGAGAAGAACAGUUGAAACUUUGAAAAGUACAAAUAUCAAGAUGGCUCAGUUGGAGCUAGAAAAUAAGGAACUGGAAAGUGAGAAGGGACAGCUUCAAAAGAGCCUGGAUCUUAUGAAAACUUCUUUUAAGAAGACUGAACGCUUAGAAGUAAGUUAUCAGGGUUUGGAUACAGAAAACCAAAGACUGCAGAAAGCCCUAGAAAACACCAACAAAAAGAUUCAGCAUCUAGAAAGUGAACUACAGGAUCUAGAGACGGAAAAUCAAACCUUACAAAAAAAUCUGGAAGAACUCAAAAUCUCUAGUAAACGCUUAGAAAAAUUAGAAAAAGAGAACAAGCUUUUGGAACAAGAGACCUCUCAGCUAGAAAAAGAUAAGAAACAGCUGGAAAAAGAGAACAAGAGGCUUCGACAACAAGCAGAUAUUAAGGACAGCACAUUAGAAGAAAAUAAUGUAAAAAUUGGUGAUCUGGAAAAAGAGAACAAGUCACUCGUUAAGGAAAUUGGUAUAUGUAAAGAAGCUUCUAUUCGUUUAAAAGAGAUUGAAAAGGAAAAUAAAGAGCUUGUAAAAAGAGCCACCAUUGACAAGAAAACACUUGUCACAUUACGGGAGGUAAUAUUUCCUACUGAAUGAUAUACUAUAAUUAUAAAGGGUAAUGCAGCUGUAACAUUCAAAAAAAUCUAACUGUCAAUUUCAUGCAAUAAUUCAUGCAAAUUUAAUGUAUUUUUGUUUUAUUUGUAUAUUAUUCAAACACUAUUCAUGAGCUUGGUGGAUUCUGAGUUGCUCAUACAUUAAGAAGAAAUGGUGACAGAAGAUGUUCAUGCUUCUUUUUGUGCCCCCUGUGUAAUGAGCAAAGCAGAAAUGUUUGCAUUUGAGCCGUGUGAAUAUCAUGGACUUGCACACUGCAAUGCAGGCAAUAGUUGCCAGCACUUCGUUUGCUUUCAUACUGGGACCUGUUGGCACUUUUGAGGCAUUGUGGAAUAAUUAUUACCUUGGAAGCAGAAUUAAAAUGAUGGUUUCUGUGUAGCACAGGUGGACUGUAUAAUAUCUAGCUCUUGCCCUCCUCAUUGCUCCUUUUCUAAAAUUUAUUCAUAAGCAGGUCCCCUGCAACAUUAGUUAUUAGCUUCCUCCUUGCAGUAAUGAGUCAGCUUCUCUUCUCCAUGGUGACGUCUGGUUUCCUUUAAUUCUCCCCCACUUUACUUUUUAUACUGAAAUGAUAACCAUUUUGCUAUGAAACAGUGAAAGGAAACCAGUAAUUUACACAGGCACCAGAAGCUGACUAAUUAAGGGCUAAUUGAUAACUAGUCCUCCAGGUGCAUACGAACGGAAAUGAAGAAACUGCAAGAAGGAAGCUUUUCAUUGAAGGGACACCAGUUCUUAAAAGCUGUGAUGGCACUUUGGCUGUUCACACUGAACAGGCUGGUGCUGUGAUUGUGUUUCAUUGCAAAAAAGAGCAGGAGUACAACAGCGACAAUACCAGAAUACAACCAUUUGACAAUCUGGAUACUCCCUAAAAAGCAAAUGAAUAAAGAAAGACAAUUUCAAUGAAAGGAGCUAGCAUGAAAGCAAUUGUUCUAACACUUGAUGGCUCUAUUAUUCAGGAUCAUAUGCACUGAACAUUUGAACUGUCUUGUUGGAUUUAGUAACUUAAUAUAAAAUUAGUGGGUUGUAUCCAAUGGUGGCUUAAUGUGAGGGGAAAACGCUUCUGCCCAGGCAAACUGGGUCACUUCAUCUUUCCUACCUACCUACCUAACACUUCCCCAAAGCUUCUUCUGAGGAAUGUGGAAUCCACUGGGACAGAAUAGGAUAUGGUUGGGGAAUUGGGGAAGAGUGAGUUUUCCAAUUUAAACAAAAGUUCUUUCUGCUAAGGCAAGGCCAGCAUUGGAUAUAUUAACUACAAAAUACCCAGCAAAAAUAAAGGAGGCAAACCUUUGAAAUGAAUUCAUAUUUGUUUUUGGAAUAUAAUUGCUAAUUAACUAGAAGUGUAUGCAGUAAGUGUGAAUAGGAUGGAGACAAAAUAUAGUUUUUUCAGAGAGCUGAAGGUGGUUUGAAAUAAGGAUCACAGCUUUAUUGCAUGUAUCUACAUUUUAAUUUCAAAUCUGGCAAACUGAUUUGGCAUAUUUUUGUAGAAUUUUCAAAAACCUAAAAAAAAAUUAAUGGGGGACAACUGAGAUAAAAAUAUUUGUGUUCAGCAUUGAAGGAAACCUCUUUUAAAGCCACUUUCAACUUCCUUAAAAUCUAUUGCCUGAGUCUCCUGCUGUAGUCUCUAGAAAUGGCAUUAUUGCAAUAUUAUACGUUCAACACAUUUUCAAAAAUCUAUUUAAAGGAUUUGGUGAAUGAAAAACUGAAGACACAGCAGAUGAAUAAUGAUUUAGAAAAGCUUACACAUGAACUUGAAAAGAUAGGUUUAAAUAAGGAGCGCCUCUUGCAUGAUGAGCAGAGUUCAGAUGAUAGGUGAGUAUAUUAAGGCCUCUUUGGAAUAGGUUGAGAGCAGUUCCUUAUGGCAUUCUGCAAUAACUGUUUUUCACAGGAUAUGCUCCUGAAUGUAUCUGAACAGCUACUACAGUGUGCACCUCUUUCAGGUUCCACUUUCAGUUGUGUUGUACGAAAUUCUGUAUAUCAUCAAAGGAGUAAACCUCUCUUUGCAGAGUUGGUAUAGACAUUUUGAGCACUUAUCUCCAACAGUUAUUUACUAUAUCCUAUAUAAUAGAUCCUGAGUCUAUCAGCAGAAAAAAAACCAGUGUCUCUGAAAGAGCUUUUGGCUCUCUUCAGCCUACUCCAUCUGCCAGUAUAAAGCUAAUAGCAUACAAACAUCUGUUUCCUUUACUUGGUCAUGUGUUCCAUCCUGUUCCUUGUGGAAUUGGAGAAAAUAUGUGUUAACAAAAGCAGAAUACUCCAGCUUCUGACCAGCCCUCCUGUCAGCAUGCCACUCAAUUGAGAAUAAUGACUGGCGCUGUAGUCUGUUAUUAGCAGUGAUUGACAUAAUGAUGGUGGCAAAUUCAGAACCUUCUAUCUUGAGAGGAAGCCAGCAUUAUAAUUGUAUGUAUCCAGUCUUACUUUCAGGAUACUGUUGAGACAAUGUAAGCUUUUCACAGUAAAUUAUCAAUACUUUCCCCUUUAAAAUAAUUUUAAUUGCUUUUUUCCACCCUAGAAGGUUUCAUUUCUACUUAGUUUUCAAUCAUUAGCUCCUGACAACUGCUUAAGAAUCCUAGUUUGGUGCCCAUGGAAGGGGUUCAUUUCAAUUACAGAGUGAUGGAUUUGAUGUGGGAAGACCAAAUUCAGUGGCAGUGAUGUUGGCUUAGGGAGAUGUGUGUGAGAGAGAAAGAGAGGAUUGAAUAGAGAGGUUAAACAAGGAUUUUUUUUUUCUUGUGGUGAGAGCUUCAAUGGAAGGAGUAGAUUUUUGGUGUUAACUCGGUUUAUCAUCAGAUUUUAGAAUGGUGGGUGUCCAAAGGAUAUGUUGCAGUUGGUGGUCUCAAUUACCUUCACUCAGACUGGCUGCUUGUGUGUUCUAGUCAUGAUAAAGUGCUGUAUGCCCAAGCCUGGUGCAGGAAGCAUGUUAUUCUACUGGCAGCGGCCACCCUUAAGGGGAACACUUCUUUGGGAAGCUGUGUGGACCAAAAAUUUACCCCCUUUUAUCAAUUUUAUUGGCCAGGGUUUUAUGUGUGGUAUUGUUUGUUCAUUUCUAUCCUAUGGGGCAGUGUUGUGUUUUUCUCUAGACUGUUUUCAGGGUAAGAGGCUGAAGGUGGUCUAGAGUAAUGUGUGUCAGAGAAAAUUAAUUUUAUGCCUGUGGAGUGUGAGUCCAGUCCUGCAUGAAACUGUGUCUUUCUAGGGUGGGAAACUGGGCGAGUGGUGAGUUUUUAUCUCAGAUGAGAGCUGAGGUGUGUCACAUUUGAUAUUUUUAUUUUAAAAGUAUCUCAUAGUUUGAGUUCCCCUGACACCAGCCUCUGCUGUAUUCCUGUCAUUUUGUAGAGGUGGCACAAGGUGGUAAUAUGUUUAGGAGGCGAUACAGAGGUGAACAAAGGUAUACAGGGAGGAGAAGGAGGUCUAGUUACAUCAAAGCCCAGGCUCCUUCUGCUUCACCCGCUGUAUUUCAGAACCUGGGGGUGCUAGUAAGCCAGCUCCCCGCCUUGGUGCUGUGUCGCUAAAUGCCAGGUCUGUUCAGAAUAAAAUAUUGACCAUUCACAAUUUGAUCCUGGGUGAGGGAGCCAACUUGGCAUGUAUGACUGACACCUGGAUGGAUGAAGUUGGUGGCCCUAAGCUCACCCAGCUAUGUUCCCCUGGACACUCAGUGCAGCACCAUUUGAGGUCAGAGGGAUGGGGCAGGGAAGUUGCAGUUGUGCAUAGAAACCCCAUCACCCUCACCAGGAGACCAAUCCAUACUGUGUCUGGAUUUGAGGGAUUGUUUGCGUUGUUGGGCCAGAGGGCCAGAACAGGGAUGUUUUUACUGUACCAUCCACCCUGCCGCAUUAAGUCUCCCUUAUUGAACUGGCAGAGGUUAUCUCAGAUUUGAUGUUGGAAAAUGUUUUCAUGAUGGUGUGGGGAAAACAUUAUUAUCCAUAGUGAAACUGUCCCAAAUGGACCAGUUCAGGACUUCAUGGUCUCAAUGACAGCCAUGGAAUUGUCUCAAUAUAUCAGUGUCCUCACAACUGGUUGGACAUAACCUUGAGCUGGUUGUGACCUUGACCAUAGGAGAAUGAAUUACCUUCUGAGUGAAAUAGUUUGAUUCUCAGAAUGGAUAGUGAUCAGACAAAAUAUAUGAUGCCAUGAAAACUCUUGUUUACCUUUACCUAAUUUUGCUGUACUUGGCCAUAUCUAUAUUUGUAAGUAUUCCCGGAUUUGCGCUACAUUCAGUCUGUGUGUUGACCUUCUAUCCCUCCUCACAUACACCCUCUGUUAUCUCUUGGCAACAUAGGGAUGAACAGAGUGCAGCAUUUCCAUUAAUGUGAGCCAAUGUUAUUUCAUGCUUUCUUAGCAUUACAUCACUUUAAGCCAGGAGAAAAAAUUCCCACAGUCCAGUAUUCAGAGGACAUGUAGGAAACUUUGGGAACUUGGCUACAGAUAUAACUGAUGUGAAAACAAGAGUUGCUGUAGAAUAACUUUGCAAUAAAUUACAGAUAGCAAAGGGUAAAAUGAGAUGUGGACAGCAUCAGUCACUUUGGCUGUAUUGAGCAAUGGAAGUACUAGUUUAGAAAUAGCAACUGUAGUGUUAGGUUCACACAUUGUGAGUAUAUAUAGGAAAUCAUCAUGCACCUGUAUGUUUAUUCCUUCUCUUUUCUGCUCCCAUUACGUUUUGAAGAACUAGGGUUGUGUGGUCCAGUCCUAUGUAGUGGAGGGUUGUAAUCAAGCUCAUUUUUUAUCUUUGAUUUUGUUGGACUGUAGCCAGAAUGAAGACUGCUCACCAGCAAUUCAGUCUCUUUGCUUUCUGCAUUGUUUAUGUGCUAGAACUCUCAGUAUGAUUAAAUGUACAUCUUCCGUUCUCUUAGGGUGUACCCAGACCAGCAUGGGUGACACAUCUCAGUUUUGUCCUUUACUGUCACAGAACAAGUUUCUUUUCUGUAUGCAUGCACUUGCUGGAAUUAUUUCUUUAGAGUUUGCAUUAUUUUCUUGAAUAUUCUCCAUUAAAUACAUUUGAUGAAAGUGGUGGCAAAGGGAUUAGGUCAUGGCCUUUGAGGUCAGGAGAUGGUGGUAGGCAGCUUCCUAAAUCUCCAUAGUAGCCAAAUUUAGAUUUUAAAUUGGUCAGAUGAACAAGUGCGAUAGUGCUAAUGCAUUAAUUAAAAAGAGGACUGUGUCAGUACCCACAGAGUAGAACUACUUCUGUCUAAACAGUUUAAUGAGGUGUAAGAAUUUGUACAAAAUCUUGUAUGUUUCAAUCUCUUUUUAGAUCAUUGCAGACUGCAUAUUUUGAAUGUUUUAAAAUGGUUGUUUUUAUUGUUUCAGCUGAUUAUUUUAUUCUCUUUGGAUUUGUUUGUUUCUUACAUUCGAGUGGUUUCUAAAUUUUAUGAAAUAAAUAGAACAACAGGCAGUGAAGGCAGCAGACUGUUGGGUGAACUGUGGUCCUGUCCUCACACAGAUUUAUUGAAAAACAGUCAAGCUAUCACCUUGAUGAAGCUUGUACAUUAGGGGAUUGUCUUCUUCUUGAUAAUUAAAACAUUAUUGUAAUUCUUUCAUUAACAGCAAAUACAAGCUACUAGAGUCAAGAUUAGAAUCCACAUUGAAAAAGUCACUUGAAAUAAAAGAAGAAAAAAUUGCUGCUUUGGAAGCUCGAUUAGAAGAAUCAACAAAUUUAAAUCAACAACUGCGCCAGGAACUUAAAACAGUAAAAAAAUGAAUAUUUCUAUUACCUUAGUUUUCAGUUGGUGCAUAAAUGACAUAAAAUUUCUUUAAAUUGUUUCUAACAGUUAUAAAGGUGUUAGAAAAAAAUCUAUUUCUUAUAUUGUCAAAAGUUUUUUUCUAAAGAUUUAUGCACAGUGCUGCUUUUGAUAAGCAAAAUACAUGCUGAAUCAUACUCUUGCUUUCUUAGUGAAAACAGUGUAUAUAUUACCAAUUUAUCUUCACAGAAAUAUAGAAAAAAUAUUGGUUUAAAAACAAUGCUUUCCAUGCAGAAAACAUUUUGUUUUUUGACAUGGCAAAUCUUAGGUGUUGCUGAUAGCAGUAAUUAAAGUGCUGUUCAGCUUCAUGUUUAGCCCCUUUCUGAACAGCUGCCACUUGAGACCGCAGCAUGUGGUUUUGCUAAUUUUUGCUAGCAUUUAUUUAUCUAUAAAAGUAUAUAUCUAUACAUAUGUAUGUAUGUAUGUAUGUAUCUGUAUACCCUCUCCUAAAGUAUCAGAGUGGUGUACCAGCAAUCAAAAAACACAAAAAAUUAAAAGCAGUACAGAACAAUGAUUAAAAUGAUUGAAAUAAUAAACCCUAAUGAUUAGAAUCAUUAAAAUUUAAAACAAGUGCAUAGGCCUGUUGGUGCAAAAGUCUCCAAAGAGAGGCCACAAAGUCCAAAAUGAGGAUUCCUGCUGAAUCUCUGCUGGAAGAGUGUUCCGCAGUAUGGAACUUCUGGUUGGGGCCCAUCAGGCCUUUGUAGCAUGGGGGACAACAACCAGUACUCCUCAAGAUGACCUCAGUGUGAGUGAACUGCAGUAUAAGGGCUCAAGCGGUCCUUGUGUAAUGUGAAGUGGAGUAGAGGUUAGUGGGCCAGUUAGUUGAGCUGAAUGAAACUACACCUGAGACACUGAAUGGUAGGCAUGUUUGCAAAAAGCUGUGAAAGUAGCAGUCAAAGUCCCUCAGAAAGAUGCUCUAUUUGUCAUUAGUCUACCUCAAACGGCCAGUCUACGCAACAGACAUGAGAGUAAGAAUUGGGUUGCCACCAACUCCCUGUAGAGUCUGGGGUGGGGUGUGAUCUAAGCUGCGUUGGGGCAGGAAAGAAGGCGUGUUGAACCCCUCCACAAACCAUACUUUCCCUCUGAAACUGCCUCUCUUAUUGCUUUUUUCCCUAUGGGGAUCAAAGACAGGUUGGAACCUUUGGUGAAUGAAAAACAGCUGUGGCAAGGCCAUUUUUUCUAAUUAAAUAAUAAUAAUAAAGUUGCCUUGGCAUGCUUAGGACUUAGUAGGAUUUAGUAUUUUACAUUUGAACUUGAAUUCAUUGAUCUUUAGGUGAAAAAGAAUUAUGAGGCCCUCAAGCAAAGACAAGAGGAAGAGAAAAUGGUACAGAAUUGUUCGUCAAAAACUGAUGAAGAAAGUUUGUCUGUCAAUAAAUGGGAACGCGAGAGUCAAGAAACUACUAGAGAACUUUUAAAGGUUAAAGAUAGAUUGAUUGAAGUUGAGAGAAAUGUAAGUAAUAAUUUGGAUUAUUUUAAUAAUUUUACUCUAAUUGUCAACCUGUGUAGUACAUAGUAAGCCACAUUUUGUUGCCACGGAUAUAACAAAAGAAUAGGCUAGUAAUUAGGGUACUCUGAUCUAAUACUGUGCUUCAAAGAACAUACCGUUUCUUGGAAAUAAAUGUAGUUGAUUUCAGCAUAACUUAUUAUGCCUCUCUGCCUGUCUUACUUCUCUCUUGCAUGAUACAUAGGUACAUCACAUUAAGUAAACCCACUUUCAUCAGAAAGCAAACCCAUGCUUUGUGUGAUUUCUUCUGACUGAAAUAAUGUUUCCAUACUUUGGAUUGUUUGACGUAAAAUAGAAGUCUGAAUUUAAUCAAUAUUUUGUUCAUUUAAAUGGUGCAUGUAUGUAAUACAUUUUGUUCCUUUUUAAAGAACGCAACUCUGCAGGCAGAGAAGCAAGCCCUGAAAACACAACUAAAGCAGCUUGAGACGCAGAACAAUAAUGUGCAAGCUCAGAUUGUGGCACUUCAGAGACAGACUGUUUCCUUACAGGAGCAAAAUACAACGCUGCAAACUCAGAAUGCCAAGCUUCAGGUUCUGUUUUCACAAAUUUGUAUUUAUCUCCCAACCACAUUAUAGAAUUUACAAGUGAAAGCCUUGCUGUUAUUCACAUGGCAGUAGCAGCAGCUAUUAUUGUGACACUCAUGGGAAACCUAUAUUUUGAACAUAAGUGGUUUGACUGGUGUGCAGUGCCCCAUCUGUAGUAACUCCCUGGCUCCCUGGGCUAAAUCUAUAUAUCCCUAUAUAUCUCUUUUGUGGUGGUAUAGCUUAAGUACUGAAAAAUGAGGGUGGGUGGGUUCUUGUUCUACAACCCUAUGAUUCCAUCUCUUCAUGUUAGAGAGAUUUCCCAACCCUAAUUAGAACUUGGUAACAAGAGUCAAACGUUUGAGUUUCCUGCUUCUGUUACAUUUAGGUGCCUUAGAGACGAAAACAAAAAAACAUUUAGUUCCUCUUGCAUUCUAGAACAGGUGUGAAUUUUUUUAGGAGGAGAAUCUAUAGGAAAGGAUCAGAAGAAUCUCUGUGAGGCUAGAUGUAGAAUUUGUAACCUGUUUGACAAAGAAAACAGGUCAGUACAGGCGUCCCCCCAGUUAGGUGGGCGUUACACCCCUGCACACAUAAGUGAAAUCAAGUAAACACCUCUUUAAACACCUCUCUGCUUUCCCUUCAUACCAAAAAUACUGUAUCCACAACUAGAAUUGAAGCUAUGGGGUUGGCAGGAGGCUGGCAAACACAUGCUGUUAGGCGGGGAGACUGAGCAGCAGAAACAAAGUACUGCUGCACCCCCGGUAUCUUCUAUCUCACCAUUUCCUGGUAUGAGUCUAUUUAAUUGUUUCCCAGCGCCACACGUACAGUGGUACCUCGGGUUACAUACGCUUUAGGUUACAUACGCUUCAGGUUACAGACUCCGCUAACCCAGAAAUAGUGCUUCAGGUUAAGAACUUUGCUUCAGGAUGAGAACAGAAAUUGUGCUCCGGUGGCGCGGCAGCAGGAGGAGGCCCCAUUAGCUAAAGUGGUGCUUCAGGUUAAGAACAGUUUCAGGUUAAGUACGGACCUCCAGAACGAAUUAAGUACUUAACCCGAGGUACCACUGUAUAUGCAGUUGAGCUUCAGUAGAAUGUGCCUAAGUGGGGGGACGCCUGUAUUUACCUAAACAAGCCUAAUUUAAGUAUUUCUCUGCUGAUCCUAAUGUUAUUUCUGGAGGUGAUUUAGGAAGCAUAGGGCAGGAGACAUGUCCACUUUGACUAGCAGUGGCAGCUCUCCGGGGUCUAUGUCAGAGGUUUUCUAUAUCACCUGUUACCUAAUCCUUAUAAGUGGAUAUGCAUACAGAUGCAAACUGCGGAGCUAUGCGCUGAGAGUGCAUUGAAUGCACGAAGCCCCAGUUUGAUCUCCAGCAUUUCUUCGCAGAGAUUGGGGAAAUUGCUCUGAGAUACAGGGUUUAAAACCUGUUAACAACCUAGGACCUCAAUUGGCUAAUUCUGUAGAAGGCUAAUUUUGAAUGAGUACACCACAAAGUACUUUGUUAUUGAUUGUCCCAUGUCACUUUGGCAAUUGUAGGUAGAAAAUUCUGCUAUUAAUUCGCAAAGUACAUCUCUUAUGAAUCAGAAUGCACAAUUGCUGAUUCAGCAGUCUACCUUGGAAAAUGAAAAUGAGUCCAUAAUCAAGGAACGUGAGGAUCUGAGAUCGCUAUAUGAUUCACUCAUCAAAGAUCAUGAAAAACUGGAACAGCUUCAUGAACGGCAAGCUACUGAAUAUGAAUCUCUAAUUUCCAAACAUGGAAACCUUAAGUCAGCACACAAGAAUCUAGAGGUGGAACAUAAGGACUUAGAAGACAGGUGAUUUUGAUAUAUCAGUCAUAACCAAUUUGCAGCUGAAUCUGAAAAUCAUUUAAAAUGUUAGAUCUUAAAUUCUUAUAAUCGCAGCCAUGUUGAAAGUGGAAGCUGUAUUCAUAAUAACCUUUUAUAUUAAUACUGAGAAUAUAAUUAGUAAUAUUAUAUAAUCCAUUUGACAGAUACAAUCAAUUGCUGAAACAAAAAGUGCAAUUAGAAGAACUGGAAAAAGUUCUCAAAGCAGAACAAGAGAAGAUGCUACAGCAAAACAAAAAGCAUGAAACAGUAGCAGCGGAAUACAAAAAGCUUUGUGAGGAAAAUGACAGGUAAGAAAACAAAGCUAAUGAAUACUUAUCUGAAUUAAAGUGUAUUAUUAAAUGUGCCAACUAUAUUUUGCAUUUAUUCUGAUCUUAAACACAAUGCACCAAAGUUAGAAACCCUCAAUAGGUUAGAAUAAGAAAAAAACAAUAACUCUACAGUAUGCUAAUAGAAAUUGAUUAUAAGAUAUUGCUACAUACAUUAUGAUAAUGUAAAUCUCUCUUUAAUUAAAUGUGAGUAUAUGAUAUAACUGUGCAGACACUUGUUUAAUUGUUAAUUUUGUGAAAACUUACUUUAAUUUGUUUUCUGUCCAUUUAUAAUUACAGAUUGAAUCAUACAUAUACCCAGCUUUUGAAAGAAAAUGAAAUUCUCCAAAUGGAUCAUAAGAAUUUGAAAACAUUACUGAACAGUUCUAAACUGGAACAAACAAGGCUGGAAGCUGAAUUUUCCAAACUCAAAGAGCAGUACCAACAGCUGGAUAUUACGUAUACAAAACUGAAUAAUCAGUGUGAGGUAAUGAGUUUGCAUUUCUUCAGUAAUGUUUUAUUAUAGCCCUGUUUAUUCAUGACAAAAGAGGCUUUUUUAGAUUUCUGCAGUAAUGUGUUUAUCUUUGUGUUUUCUGUAAUGGUUGUAAUAGUUGAAUUUAGUAAUAUAUCUUAAUAGUUUUGAAGGUGUCUUUGUAUCAUGUUAGGAACAAACUUAGGUCAGUCGUUCUGCUUAUUCUGGAAUUGUUCUAGUGAUUUUAUUGAGGAAUUAUUGGAGGUGUUCUGAAAAGUUGCUUUAAAACUGCGUGUAUCCUCUUAUAUCAAUCAACCUAGUGUCUUUGCACUCAUUGAUAUGAAAGCUAAAGGUUUGAGUCUCACUCCACAAUUCCGAAUAUUGAAUUCAUGGUUUUCUUUCUGUCUGUUUCGUACGUAAAGAGAGAAUAACAUUUUUGCAUUUAAACAAAAGCUUAAGAUUCAAGGAAGAGGUAUAAGAUAUCCUGAAGAGAGCCAGACUUAUUCUGCUCCCUUUCUUAUUGGCUUGAACAGUGGAUACAUUUGUUAGAAGCUAAAAGGAUGCUAGGACCUUAACAGAAGCUGCGGAUUGCUCUCCUCAAUUGGAAGAAAGGCAAUUUACAAUUAUUUACAAAAACCAGAUAAUAGAAUCAUUGAAUUGUAGAGUUGGAAGGGAUCAUGAGGGUCAUCUACUCCAGCCUCCUGUAAUGCAGGAAUCUUUUAUCUAUAGCAGAGCUUGAACCCAUGACCCCAAGAUUUAAGAGUUUCAUGCUCUGGUGACUGAACUAUUGCUGUCUCUACUAUUUGACUUGUCUUCUUGACUUCAUUUUCUUUUGUACUUUAUAAACAGAAAGUUGGGCAGACUGCAUACACUAAAAUACUGUGUUUUGUACAUUUCAACAGUUGCUUAGCCAGCUAAAAGGAAAUUUGGAAGAAGAAAACAGACACCUGUUGGAUCAAAUACAGACAUUAAUGCUGCAAAACAGAACGUUAUUAGAGCAGAAUAUGGAAAGCAAAGAUCUGUUCCACGUUGAACAAAGGCAGUAUAUGUGGGUAUCAAAAACGGUGAACUAGUUGCACCCAACAUAACUACAGUUGGAUGUUCAAAUAGAAAUAAAUCAUGGAAAUGUUAAUCAGUGCAUUCCAUUAACAACAGAUGAAAAUGUUCAUUCGUAGUUUGAUUUUAAUCAGUAUUGUUCCUUGUGAAAUAAAGUUUACUGUGGAAUGAUGUUGAACUGCUAGAAUCAGAAGAGCAGUGGGAUUUCUUAUGGGAAAUUAUAAGCCACCUGUUUCCUCCUUAUGUUGGCAGGUUUUUUUUAAGGAGCAAUCCUUCAAGAUAGCUGUGCUGCAGCACGCAUUUGCUGAAGGUAUAAAAGGGAUGGAGGAAUGCCCCUGUGAAGAAGGAUUGUAGGAUUUGGGACUGUUUUGAGAAAAUGCGAGAAAAAUAGACAUUUAUAAACUCAUGCAUGGCAUGGGGAUGGUGGAUAGAGAAAAGUUUUCCUAGUCUCUGGCCCUUACAGUACCAUCUUCCAGAUUGUGCUAGGCCUAAUAUGGGGUGGAGCGUUUCCAUCCUUGGUUUGUAAUUCUUUUCUAGGCACCUGAGAUCACAUUUCCCUGUGCUUUAUAGCAAGCAAGACAACUGGGAAAGCAUCUCAGAGCACCAGACCUACAACUGAAAUCUAGGUGACAUAAUCCCUGCCUUCCUCCUGCUUUCCUAACCUGUUAUUCAACCAAACCAGAAGGAACCUUCACGGCAAACGUCCAGUGUUCCCGUCUAAAAUAAGGGGAGUGUGACCUUCUGUAAUGGAGAGAAGACAGUGGUGUAGCUCAGUGUUAGAAUACAUACAGAAGGUACCAGGUUCAUUUCCUAGUUUUUCCAGGUAGGGCUAGGAGAAUCUCCUCUGGAUAUCCUGGAGAGCUGCUGUCAGUCCCGUGCUUCAUGGCCGUAAUGGUCUGAUGUUGUAUAAGGCAGCUUCCUGUGUUCCUGUGAGUGACAUGAAACAUCCUGUCAUGUGCCCAGCACUUUAUUCUAACACCUUCUCUCAUUCUAAAUAGUGCCCAUAUUUUCCUAAAAAUAAAAUAUUGUGACUUGAGUUCUGGCAAAAUGUUAAUGUAAACUGCCCUGAUGCAAUGCAAACUGCAUUUAAACACACAUGUCCUAAAAAGUCCCUGAGGCACAUUGAUACAAAGGAAAAACAUCUUUUAGAAACAUACAUGCCUUCUAACAUGUCAAUUACCUUUUCUUCACAGUGACAAGCUAAAUGAAUUGAGAAGACAAAAAGAGAAAUUGGAAGAAAAGAUUAUGGAUCAGUAUAAAUUUUAUGAACCAUCUCCUCCAAGAAGGUAAUGCAUGACCACAUAUUUCUCUCCCUCUUUCUUUGCCAGAAAUGUGCCAGUGCUUGUUACUUAAAGAGAGAAACUUCAUUGUUUUGAAAUAUUUGCAAGAAUUUGUUCUAAAUACAGCAUUUCUCUUCUUUUCUCCAAAAGGAGAGGUAAUUGGAUUACUCUGAAAAUGAGGAAACUGAUAAAAUCAAAGAAGGAUAUUAACCGAGAACGCCUCAAGUCUCUAACUCUGACACCAACCCGCUCAGAAUCUAGUGAAGGAUUUCUUCAGCUGCCACAUCAGGACAGUCAAGAUAGUUCCUCGGUGGGCUCAAAUUCCCUGGAAGAUGGUCAGACCGUGGGGGCUAAGAAAAGCAGCAGUGAGUAAAUUGCUUAAUUUUUGUAAGGGGUAGUGUGUCAUGCAGUACUUCCUGAUGCGGUGAAAAGGUUCAAAAUACCCAUGGAGGAAGUUUGCUUAAAAGUAUUUUGCUCAUGUUCCUGUAGGCUCAAGAAUGGAGAAUCAAGCUCUACAGCAGAGGAAUGCUCUUUAAUGUGUUUUAGGGGUGCAAUAUUUACUGACAGUGAAAAAUUGGGUCUGAGCUGACCGUAGAGGUGAAAUUGGCACCCCUUCUUUACCCAUAACCAUUGCUCUUUUCUGUACUGUUUCUUUUCAUCCACUUAUUACAUUUCUACUCUUGGCGUGUGAAGAGUUCCCUGUAACAUGCUUCCUUAUCAGCAUCUUCAUACUGCUGAUGAAUUGAUUGUGUGUUUCUGCAUGUUUAUGGGCAUACUGCAUGGAAGGGGGACUGUGCUGUAUCGAUCUGCCUUGCAAAGCUUCAGUGUCAUGCAUAGCUCUGGUCAGCAGGUUCAUGAGAGUACCUGCAUCCAUUAUAUAUACUCUUGAAGCAAGAGGUCCAGCUCUGUAAUAGCUCUUCUCCCACUCCUUUUAACCCAUACCUUUUCAUCACAUUCUGCUAUCAAUUCACUGGUAUGCCAGGCUGUGCUGACACAGGGUGUGUGACACUUUAUCGUUAACAGCAUUUCAUUGUACCAACGUUGCUUUGGAAUAGAAUUUUGAACCUUAAGUAAUCAUAUUCUUGUUUUUGAGUGCCAUAUCAAAGCAAAUAUUUACAGUAGAAUUCAACAUGGAAUUUAGCAUAGCAUCAAGUGAGAUAUUUAUGUCCACUUGUACUAGAAGCACUGCAUGCCCCCUAAACCUGUUCUGGGGGAAUCUUGAAAAUAAGAUCUGUUAGAACAAUAAGACCGAGUGGCAGACACGGUGUUGUUUUUUAAAUGAAUGUCUUUGAUGUUUUUACAUGGUAUCAAAAUGUGUGUAAACAUUCCUCCGUUUGAUCAGGCUGGAAAAGAAUCAAACCCCAAAUGAUGCGUGCUUUGAUUAUAUAGAUUUCUGUACAAACAUUAGAAAUUACGUUCUGCUUCAUAGUAUGUUUAAAUCUUUAGUUGAGUAAUUGUUUUUGCAGUUUUGAUUCAUUACUGAUCUACUAAUGAUUGAAGAUUACAUUUGCUGUGCGACCUAAAAGAGGAGAGAAACUAAUUCUGUGGAAGAGAAGGCUUUGACCAGCCUUUGUACUAGCCUAGCAUUUUACAUCUUAAUUUAGGUCCCGUAUUAGUUGAGUAGUUGCCUGUCAUGAUAUCUGGUCCACAAUUGCUGUCCUCCCAACUACAAAGAUUUUUACUUUCACAAUCUAGAAGAUUGUUUGCUCUUAGUGAUCUAGAGUAAUCAGCAUGUGUUCUUCAAUUGCUGCAUAGAUAAUUUCCAUUCCGCUGGGAUACUUUUAAACAUUGGAGCAAAUGUCAGGUAUAUUUGGAGGAGAAAGUGUGGCGACCCUGCCCACCAUUAGCAUUAUCAGGUGGGAAGGCUAGUUGGGUGUGAAGAAUUGCCAAGUAUUGAAGAAUUGCUAAAUAGUCUUUACAAGUAUUCCUUAAAUUAUUCCUUUCAAAAGGUUUAUGAUCGGCAGGGAAUCUUUUUUCUGUCAUGAGAUAAAUCCCCUUGGGAAAUCCACUGGGAGCUGCAUUUCUUUUCCCCAGAUCAUCUUCAGUUAAUCAAUUUAUUCCUCCAAAUUUGUAUCCUGAUGCUCAGUAAAUGUGCAGUCGUUACGAAAAAAAAUUCAUUGCUCAACCUCCCUCUCGCACUGGGAUCAGUUAUGUUCCAGAGACAAAGUAGAUUUUUCUAUUUAAGACCAUGGACCCACAUGAAAUUGGAUGCUAUUAUAUAACUGACUUGUGGGUUGCAGUUUAUGUGUGUGUUCAGUAUAUUUUCACUGGUAAUUAUUACGUAGCUACUGAACUAGAAAAUAGGUCCAGAUCAGCACAUAACUUACUUGCAUUUCCUCACGCAGAGAAACCUAUCUGAUCAUUUGUAUUUGUGGACCAUUUCUUCAGCAUCAGUUUCCGUAGAAUUUUGUUAUGAAUAAGAAAUAUAUCAUUUGCAUAUUUUGUGAAAAUGUAGCUAAUACAUUUACAUCCAGUGGUUUGGGUGCCAGCGACAUAUUUGCUGCAAGAUCAUGCCUUUACCUUGAGUUAGACCCUUUUCUCUUUAUAAGAUAUUGUGAAAGCACUCCUGCCAAGGGGAAUCAGAGCUGUCCACUCAUGAUGCCUAUCAGCAGUAGCUAAUCUAUGUGUGGGAGUUACUUCCGUGAUGAAGGGACAGGGAAGAGAACAACCUGGAUAUCAAAACUGAAGGAGUAUUCAAUAGAUAAGAAUUUAUUUUGACUUGCCCAAUAUAUAUUUUUCUAUGUGCUUUUUGCAGUCCUUCUCUUCCCACAAUUCUCUUGCAACUUUUUUCAGACAACUCAGAUAACCUUUUUUAAUCAAAAUAUGUAUACAAAUUUCAAAUUCUUCUAUUCUACCUCCACAGGGCGCACCAUUUCAGUAUGUUGCACCAAACCAACAGAGUGUUGUGGCACCUUUUAAAGACUCAGAGAUUCACGCCACAAUAAAUAUUUUAUUCUUUAUGGUGCCACAAGUCUCUGUUUCCAUUUCAUUACUUUUUAGACAAAAUGAAAAGGUGAGGUUUUUAUCCAAAAUUGUGCCGAAAGAUUUGAAUGUGACAAAAGUUAACCUUCCAUAGUAACACACUUUGAUUUGAUAUUUUACUCUUGUAAAUGAUACUUUACUACACAUUUCAGGGGAAGCAUGGAAUAUCCAUCACAUGUUUGUUUCCCUUUAUACUGCUGAUCCCUGCUGGGCUGAUACCUAACUCCUCAGCCAGCCAGUUGCUUCUAGGACAUCUUUGAAUGCUUCUAUUAUCACCCCUCCUAGCCAGUUAUCAAGAGUGGGAUAGGUUUGGCUGAAGAGGAACCACCUCAGAGGCGUUUGCAGGGGAUGGGAUUGGCAUUCACUGGAAGGCUUAACCAUAUGCACAUAGAUUAUCAUAUUAUACAAUGCAUUCAUGCUAUCUCUGCAAAGAAGGGUUUUGGAAUACAUGCUUGUUGAAAACAUGUAUUUCCACCCGUAGUUGCUACACAAGGUGUCAACUGGUUUAGCAGAGAAGAAAGCCUGUGGCAUGCCUUCUAGGACACUGCACUAAGCAUGCUGUCGCAAUGCUCCUUCACAUGUGCACAGCACACAGAUGAGGAAACAGGUCAUGUGUAAGUGAAAAUCUGUGUCUUCUCAUUCAGCUUGUUUUAGUGCAAGUAAACACCAUUGAUCACAGUGGAACUUAUUCAUGAAUGAACAUACAUAGAUAAUACUGGAUGACUCCUUGACUGAGAUGAACGGCUUGUAUUUACACUCAUGGCUUACAUCUUUUGCACUGGAUUAGUAAUAAUGCCACAUUGAAAUGCAAAUGUUUGCUUUAUUACAAGGUCUUCUUGUAUAGGGUUUCAACCCUGCCACAAGCAAACAUGUGAAAGCUUUCUGUAACAUGCAAUUUAAAAUUCUCACUGCAGUUAUUACAUGUUUGAUUUUUAAUGUUCCCACACUGUCACUGGUCUGUUUGUUUCUUUGUUCUGUCAUUUUUCUGUUUGGUGCCUUCCCCCACUUCACACCCCAGUAGCAGUAUGGUAUGUCAUUUAACCAAUAAUUCUUAUUUAAAGUGGUAAUCAGUCAGAAUAUUACAGUAUUCUGCACUCCAUUCCAAUAAUUUCUUGAUCAUAUGUUCAGAUGGUGUGUAAAAGGAGGUAAAGGUUAGAUACUGCUGUUCUUGGAAGUUAAAUCAACUAAGAUGAGUUCACAUUAAUACAAUUUAAAACAAGUCAUUAAUGUGAAAAAUACAAUGACUGCUUGGUAGCAAGAAAUGAAGGUAGUGCUUAUUGAAAGAUACUUUGAUAAACCAAGUGAACUUUUUUUUUUCAGUAUACCUUUCCAUCUCAGGAAACCUGCUUGCUGGUUUUUGACUCCUUGCCCAUAAUUUUUGUGCCUGGGUUUGGGUUUGGCUUCUUUUUAUAUAUUUUUUUUGCCUGAUUUUUAAGACAUCCAAUAGUUGUGAACUGUGAAGGUUCCUUAUAUUCCUCAGGCAUGGUUUCCAGUGUUUCCUUGGAUAGUUCCACAGUGAAGGCUUCAUAUCCAUUGCCAUUCAGCAACAUGAGAUUAAUAGCUUUUAGUAAAUAAAGUGCACCUAGUGGAAACUCAAGCAUUCAUUUCUGUCCUUAGUUUCAACAUUUAACUUCCAUCUGUUCUUCUCCCCUUUUUCUUUCAUCUUCCCGUUUCCGUUUUUCCUUAUGCUAUGACAUAAAAGUGGUUGCACUGAAAAGACUGCCCUUUUUGAGGAACAGACCGAAGGAAAAAGACAAAAUGAAGGCCUUCUACCGUCGCUCCAUGUGUAAGACUUUAUGACAGUUCAGCUUCUUUUUAAAUGGCUACACUGGCUUCUAUUACUACUUUCACUAACCUUUCCGUGGACUGCGCUGUUUUUCCUAUUUUGCAAAGUGCAAGUCCUGCUAUAAUACAAGGAGCUGAAGCAAUGUUUCUAAACACCUUGGCACUCACUAUACAUAACUCUUGGGGUGUAUAAAAAUGUAUAUGUAUUCAUAUAAUAAUAAUAUAAUAAUUUAUUAUUUAUACCCCGCCCAUCUGGCUGGGUUUCCCCAGCCACUCUGGGCGGCUUCCAAAAGAAUAUUAAAAUACUGUGAUACAUCAAACAUUAAAAGCUGUCCUAAACAGGGCUGCCUUCAGAUGUCUUCUAAAAGUCUGGUAGUUGUUGUUCUCUUUGACAUCUGGUGGGAGGGCGUUCCACAGGGAGGGCGCCACUACCGAGAAGGCUCUCUGCCUGGUUCCCUGUAACUUGGCUUCUCGCAGUGAGGGAACCGCCAGAAGGCCCUUGGUGCUGGACCUCAGUGUCCGGGUAGAACGAUGGGGGUGGAGACGCUCCUUCAGGUAUACUGGACCGAGGCUGUUUAGGGCUUUAAAGGUCAGCACCAACACUUUGAAUUGUGCUCAGAAACGUCCUGGGAGCCAAUGUAGGUCUUUCAAGACCGGUGUUAUAUGGUCUCGGCGGCCGCUCCCAGUCACCAGUCUGGCUGCUGCGUUCUGGAUUAGUUGUAGUUUCCGGGUCACCUUCAAAGGUAGCCCCACGUAGAGCGCAUUGCAGUAGUCCAAGCGGGAGAUAACCAGAGCAUGCACCACUCUGGCGAGGCAGUCCGCAGGCAGAUAGGGUCUCAGCCUGCAUACCAAAUGGAGCUGGUACACAGCUGCCCAGGACACGGAUUUAACCUGUCCCUCCAUGGACAGCUGUGAGUCCAAAAUGACUCCCAGGCUGCGCACCUGGUUCUUCAGGGGCACAGUUACCCCAUUCAGGACCAGGGAAUAUGCAUACAUCUAUCUACACACACAAUGAACACACAUUUAUAGGUUCAAGUUCUGGGAAUUAUAUGAACAUAUAUGUGUUAUGUGUGUGUAUUUAUAAAGAUAUAGUGCACUCAAUGCAUUUGCACAUUUUGAAUUCCACUCCUAGUAAUCAGUUUUAUAAACACCUCAGUACAAAUCUAGAAAAUCAUUUGCUUAAAAAAAAAAAUAAACGGUGACCUGUUAUUCCUUAGAAAUGUUUUACCAUUCUAAGUUGAAGGAGUGAGGUGGGGAAAUCAGGCAUUCUUUGUCAUUUCUUCAGUGAAAUGCUCUUGGGAAAGUUGGGAGAGGACACAUUUAUUUUAAAUACUUUCCUCUAUUGUCAUGCAAUAAAUAUUAUUCCUGCAAAAACCUGCACUGAAGGACCCCUUAUCAUUGCCAACACUGACUUUGUAUUAGCACUUCUGCUCAUCUUUCCCUGUUCAUUCCAUUUUUCAUUGCGAAACAUAUCAGAGCUUCUAACAUAUAUUUAUUUAUUGUAUAGCACUCCAGCACAAGCAUGGCGGUUGUAGCUAAUAAAAAGCAAUAAAAUCAUCUGUACAAGGAGGCUUUGGCUUUUUAACACUUUUCAUUCAUUCAGCCAAUUGCAUGUUUUAACAUGUAGAAACUUGUGGACUGUAGCUUUCAGUAUGCCUUGAUGCUUAGGUAAAUGAAGCAUUUUACAGUACAAAAUAAAACUUUUCAAAAACAUUGAACCAUGCUGAUUCAUUUGCUUUCAUUUGCAUCCCAGCCAUGAAUGACCUGGUGCAGUCCAUGGUCCUAGCAGGAGGACAAUGGACAGGUAGUUCUGAGCAUCUGGAGGGUCCUGAUGAUAUAUCUACGGGUAAAAGGAGAAAAGAAUUGGGAUCUAUGGCCUUCUCUACUACAUCCAUCAACUUUGCAACUGUCAACUCUGCUGCAGGCUUGAGAUCCAAGCAGUUGCUUAAUAAUAAAGGUAUAGGUAGAACCUUUUCACGCUGUGGUGUGGUUGUGUUGGUAACCGUAGCGUUAUUGGAAACUGUUUGUGCUCCAUAUUUCACAUUCUUUUCCAGCAAAUAACUGGAAUAUUUGAUUUGCAGACUUGUGGAAUAUUAGGAUGGGGAAACUAGUUGUAUUUGUAAACUUUUGUGGGGAUCAAUGAGCCAUAAAAAUUUCUUGUGUUUUAGAGAUGAUAAAUUCAAAGGUCUGUUUUUGCAACAAAAUUGUGCUUGUUUCCCCUUUAGAUGCUACAUCUUUUGAAGAUGUAAGUCCACAAGGAAUUAGUGAUGAUUCUAGUACAGGAUCAAGAAUACAUGGUAAGAUUUGUGCUUUAAAGGAGUAGCAGACCUAUUACGGAAAUGCUAGUAAAGUUUAUCCAGAAAUAGAAAAUGACCUGCGUUGCAAGUGUGCAUGUUUGUAUUCUUUCCUUACAUCUCAUCUCAUCUAAUUGUAUGGGAACUUUUCCAUUUCUUUCACUCUGAUUUCACUCUUAAACAGAACAAACCUAUUCAGUAUGAAGUGCACCUGAACAGGACCCAAAUUUCUCUCCUCUCCAUCAGUCCUGAGUAUUCUAGAGUUCAAUUGUGAGAACUUUCAGCUUAUGAAAUCUUCUUUUCAAAAUUCAUCUUAUUAAUAAAUGUAUUUUUCCUCUUUCAAAUUUUGGCAUAGUUGUAAAAUACUUCCGCUAAAUUUGAAUCACAGUAGUGCUGUUUCUAAAACCCUUUAACACUGCUUCUGCGCCUGCUUUGGUUAGGAGUAAAGAACAUUCCAGAGCAGAUGUUCUUUCUCUUCCUGUCGGUGACUUUUCUGUAACGUGCAGAGUUCCAUGUCAAAAUCUUUUGUAAGUGCCUUAACCGCAACCUGAUUUCUGCAUGUUGGUGCCAUUUCUCUUUAAAACCUUGGUUAUUCCCAUCAAUAAACCUGAUACAAUUCAAAACAUGUAUUUUGUUUCUCUGUUCCUUCUUUCGCUAACCUGCUCGCUUUUCUAGUGUACUUUCUUAAAGUGCUGUCUUGGGCUGCCUGGGGACACCACCUUUUCCCACCUGCCAGAAUCCACACUUUGAGACAUGUUCAGCUUGUGCAAUAUCAGUAGUGCAUGAUUUCCUGCCUCAGAGCAUUCUGUGAUCAGAAUGUAGUAGGCGCAGUGUCAUCUGCUAUGGUAUGUGCUUCAUGCGAUCUACUGGUUUUUUUCCAUUUAGCUUCCAGACCAGCCAGCCUUGAUAGUGGCAGAACAUCCACUAGCAAUAGCAAUAAUAAUGCCUCACUCCAUGAAGUCAAAGGUAUGCUUCCAGGCAAAUUGACACAUCUGCUUCAUUCCUCACAUUUUCAGGGCAGGGAGGGAGAGAAUUCAGGGCAUGUUUUCCUUUCCUUUCAUCAUUUCAUUCCUUUUUAGAUGAAGCUCUGGAAUAAGGUGGGUCACAUGUCUGAUUUAGGAAAAGUAAAUUAAUGCAGGACAUUGCAGAUAUUCAUCCAUCCAUAUAGUGUAGUAGUGUAUUCAGAUAUAUUACAAUGCCUUGCAGCUCACAUAAAACAAAAAAGGAAUAAUGCUUUCAAAUUCUUCUUUAACCUGCAAACAAAUGUCAUAUUAGACAGAAAACCAACAUUUCUAAUAUAACAGCAAAUUACAUUCUGGGCAGAAGACACAUAGGCCAUUUUUACUAACCAUGUUGUAGUAAACUCAUUGCCAGGCAAAUGUCUUGGAAUAAGACCUCUAGAAUCAGAUGUGAAUCAGCAUUAUUCUUUGGUUUUCUUCAGAUGAAAGUGCCACUGCCUACAAAUGAAGAAUAAAUACAUGGAUAGUUCUAGAGAGGAAUUCAUGCUGUUGUGUUGCAAAUGAGUAGAACCAAAGGGACAAGUGAUACACUCAGCUUUUUCUGGUCCUUUGCUUUGAGACACACCUGACAGGAUGGUCUGCUUCCUCUUCUGUUGUAAAACAUGUGUAUGCAAGGCAAAACUGGAAGAUUUCUAGCAGUCACUGCCUUAUAAGGAAUUACUUAAACUUCAUUUAAUUCAUUUCACUGUAUUUCUAGAUAGUAUCUGCUCAAUGGAAAAUAUGGAUAGGUCUUCUAAAAUGUUUGUGAUUUUCCAGUAUAAACAAUUCCUUGCAGUAAUGCAUGAUGUAGUUCAGUAGCAUUGAUAGUGUAUGCUGCUUGUUUUUCUUCAAAAUAAUAAUAAUUCAAAAUAACACAAAGGGCAGCUUUCAGUUGGUUGAUUUGUAUCUGUUUAAGGAAACAAUGUGAACUGGCAUUUCUUCAACCUUUAUUCUGUGCAAAAUAGGAUGUUUCUGCUCCAAGUCAUGACAAACUGAUACAGGCAUUUGACGGAAUGCAUUUUUAAGAAACCUUUCUCGAAGGGUAUUUUUUGAUCAGUCUGAAAAUAAAUUAUUUGCAUUCCAUCUUUUAUAUUUUUACCUUUUGCCAUAUGUCAUAAAUAGUAGCGGAUGUCAACUUUGUAGCUGAACUGGGUCAUAUUUAAUGUCUGGGAUCUCAUUUUGUUGAGAAAGAUUAAACAUUCAAAGUUAUUAGGUGGUGGAGGUGUUUAAUUGGAAAGAUGCCAUGUCACAUUGAAGAACCUUAGUAAGUAAGGCAAGGGAACUAACCUUUAUUUCUCGUAUGGCUUCCCCAUAGGUUUUUUAGUACCUUAUGACAAAUGCUUCUUCAAUGUGACAAAGGAAAAACAUCCAAUAAUGCAUUGUUAAUGUUUAAAAAUAAUAUAGCGUGCAUAAUUAAGAUGACAAUACUGUUUAUCCCUAAAGCAGGCACAGUUACUAACCAAAGCAGGCCACAAAGCCACAGCAGUGGAGAAUUUAGCCUGCUUCAUGAGCAUGACGCAUGGUCCAGCAGCAGCAGCAGUCCCAUCCAGUAUUUGAAAAGCCAUGCCAGGUCUAGCCCCAUGCUCCAUCCUAAAAUGUCAGAAACAAUGGAUAGACAAGGAACGCACAGAAUUAAAACGGACUCCCCUGGAAGUGAAGUGGUUACUCUGCAGCAGUUCUUGGAAGAAAGUAAUAAAGGGACUUCGGCUGAGGUACAUUGAAAAGCUACUUAAUUUCACUUGGCAAAACAUAAAGCUGCAAAACUUAGCGCACUUUUUAGGUUGCACAAGAAAAUCUGGUGGUGACUUUACAUUUGUAAAGGUCAGAAUUAAGUUGGUUAGGAAAAUUAAUUGACACAUAGGGCAGGAAUUUAAGUAACAUUAUGAGACAGGGAAAGAGAAAACGAACCUUUUCUUAGAGAAGAGCAAAUCUCCUGUAGAGCAGUCUUUCAGGAAUGAAUGAGCUAAUUUAUAAAUAUAAAUUAAUUUUUUUUAGGCAGAGUGUGGGUGCUCAUUCUCUGAACACAAAACUAUAAGGUGUGAGUCGUUGUUGUUGUUUUUGUUUAGUCGUUUAGUCAUGUCCACCUCUUCGUGACCCCAAUAGUGAGUCAAUAGUACUACACAAAAGGCCUACACAAAAUUGUUGUCAGGUCUGCUGCAGUCUGUGAUCCAAAGAGCAAUGGGGUGGGUAUUUGCAAGCUCUAAAGAAUUUUUCAACACCCAUGGCAGAUUACAUUUAUCUUCAGACAGUACCAUAGCCAAAGCAACUCAAAAGUUACACUUUUAAUCUCGACUUUUCUGCAUUGCUUGUGAAAUGCUUUGGACUGUGUCUUAACCACGUGCUUUGCACUGAAGAGAUAAAGACUAAUUGAAGAGCUAUCUGACUAUAGCAUUUUCACCUACCCACCCCAAAAUCUCCAGUGUGUAUUUGCCAUCAUGAUUGAACUGUGUCUUCCAGCCCAUUCUAUUUCUGUGUCAAGGAAACAAGUGGUUGUAUGCUGAUGCCAAGUUCUAAAGCAUUAAAAUAACCUUGGAAUAAAAUAAUGUACUUAAUUUAAAUAAUAAUGUGAUUUCGGUGUUUAUUUUUUAAAUUGGAAUAAUUUAAUUCUUGUCUGUCCGGUCUCACAUAAAAUAGCCUUUUCAAAGAUAGAUAAUAUGGGUAUACAACUAAUUUAUUAUCUUUUCCACUGUUUUGAAACAGACCCACUCAUUUUCUCAGCUAUUUAUUAAUAACAGUAUAAACGUUUGGCCUGGCAACUGCUCAAAUGCCACGAUCCCUCUGAAAUAAGGUGCAUUUGUGUUUAGGUGAUUGGUUCUUAAAUGAGCCUUAGAAAGGAAAGGCGGUCUUGUUCUUUUCUUAUAUCUUGGAUCUUUUCCAAGGACUCCAACUGGGAGUUCCAAAUCCGGAAGUCCACACAAUGAUUUCAGGCUUAGGCACUCCUGUACAUGAUGUUCAGAUUGCUAAGGAAGUUGUUUAAUCAGUCAGUGAGAAAGUUAUGGGAUAGAUCUGAAAGUGAAAUGAUCAUCAUUGGUUGAGCCUUUUGAUGUUGGAGGAGAAGUGAUAUUUGCGUAAAUGUUAAAAUAAAUGGAAAUAUUCACAGAAAUCAAAAUGUCAAGGUAGGAAUGUUUAUUUUCAGUACGUUUAUGCAUUUAAAAUUGAAAAAAGAAAUUGUGGCUUUUCCAUUAUUAAGUAAACUUAGUCUAGUAGCAUAUUGAUAAAACUACUAAACCUGGGUGAUACCAUAUGUAUCAACGAUUUCCAUUAUUUUGAACUGCAUCAUGGUUAUGCAUGUUUGUGCUGUCGAAGUAUGAAACACUCUCUUGCAGAAACAUUAAGAAACAAAGUAGCAGAUAAUGAAUUAACUUAUUUGGAUAUCUUUUGCAGCUCAAGUCCUCAAGCCAAGAUAAUCUUUUGGAUGAAGUGAUGAAAUUUUUUUCGGAAAAUGCUGAAUUAGUCGGAAGAGAUAAAUUAAGAAAACAGUCAUCAGGCAGUGGUGGUAUUGCCAGAUCACAAAGUGUGAAAAACACAAUGGAGUUCUCUGAUGGAAAGUCAGCUAAACAAGGACACCUUACAAGGCCCAGCUCGCGUAGAAUGGAAGAUGCCAACUUUGCAAACUCUUCAAAAACGCUUACAGCAGGCACUAAAGGAAGGGCCAGGUCUGUUAAAGAAAGUGUACAAUCACAACGACAAUCAAAAGAUUGUAAUCCUUAUGCGACUUUACCUCGCGCAAGCAGUGUGAUUUCGACUGCAGAAGGAACUACUCGGAGGACAAGCAUCCAUGAUUUUUUGUCUAAGGACACUAGGCAGCCAGUAUCAAUUGAUCCAACUCCACCUACAGGUGACAGAAGCGUCCCAUCAGCUUCUAGUGAGUACAAUCCCCAACAACACUCCUCUGUUUUUCAUUAUACCCCUUUUCCUUCAGUUACCUCGUCAGAAAAUGACUUGGGUAGGAUAGCCACGCUAGAUAGUUCUACAUGUAAAUCAGAAAAGGCUAGGAGUUCAAGGACAGGCAAGACAAAUUUUAUUACUAAAACAUUUUCUUGUAGUAAUGUGUACAAUGAGAAAAUGGGCACAUCAACAAGCAUUAUAGGUAAGUUGUCUGCAGUCCGUUUGUCCAGGCCAUUUUUGGCACUCAACACCGAAUUAGUCAGCAAUGUUAGUGGACUGCCCCAAAUGCCUGUAUCAAAGACAACUGAUAAGACAUUUGAUUCAUCUGUGAAAUCUCCCCAGAAUGAUCACAAACUACCUUCUGAGAAUCAGAAAUCAUCUGAUGGCAGAAAUGUAGAGAUGAAUCAGAAUAGUGGUGAAUCUACACCACUUACCCAUUCAAAUGCUAGUGAUAGUAAAAUACCAUCACCCGUUUCUGAAGAUACUCAGACUGUUUGGUAUGAAUAUGGUUGUGUAUGAUAAACAUAUAUAAUAUUAAGUAAAUCUCUGCUACACAUUGUGGAUGUUCUUGUUAAUGUUAAUAGAUUUAGACUAUAUUUAAAUUUACUAGCCAUGAUAGUAACUAGGUGUACAUAGUUUUUCUCUAAAUGGAGAUGGAGAAUUCACCUUACCCCCUUAGCAUGUGAAUGAAUGUACAAUUGUAACCAUGCCAAAGCUUGCAUGAAACAUUAACUGCACUGUGUAAUUUCUGCAUGCCUUUUAAAAGCCUUAAUAAUAAAAGCUAACUGUAUUUUAUUUUCUAUUUGUUAUAAAUAUUUUAUUUUCUAUACAUUACUGGAUGCAUGCUAACCAGUUGCAUGGUGCUGUGCCAGGAACAGCACAAAAAAACAGGUAACUUUCAGCAACAGUACAUUCAGUUUUUCUUUCUUUCAGAGUCCACAUUAUCAUGUAGAUUAUACAUUUUGGACUCAAUUCGACUAAAGCUGGUUGUGACUGAUGUAAAAUUAAUGGAACCGACUCGGUUGUAACUGACUCAAGUCUCAUUGCCUAAUGGCUUACAGAUCAGUUACAUGCAUGUUUACUUGGAAGUAAGCCCCACUUUUGACUUACUUCCUAGUAGGUGUGUUUGGAAUUACAUCUUAGCUUUGACAAGCUUUAGCUGGAUUGGGGCCUUUUUGUAUCAGUGUCCUUUCCCUGUUUUGCUGGUGAAAAAAUGCAGAAGCCCCCCUGCACCUCUAGCUUUUUACUUUGGACGUAUUCAAAUUCUAUUUAAUAAAUGAGCCAUUCUUGAAAUAGUGACUAUAGUUUGCACACUGAAAGUGUACUACUGUUCAUGCUGAUAAAACAUCAAGGUUUGGAAGCCUAAACAGUGGGCCUUUUCUGUUUAAUGAUACAUAACUAAAUGUAGUUUCGUUGGAAAAGUUGACCCUCUUCAUCUUUCCCUUUUAUGUGCUUUUCCCGUCCCAUGCUUGAUGUAUUUACAUGGUCAUGGUGUUGUCUCGUCGAUAGAGCCUUAUCUGAAUCUUUAUUAUAUAGCUUUUAAUGGAUUUUUACAGUGUAUUAAAAUAAAAAAUAAACUGGUAUUACGGUAUUCUUAUUUUUGUUCAGGGAUGUGAUAGUUAAUUAGAAAAUCAUGCACAAAAUGUUUUUUUAAUUGGCUUGAUGGUCCAAAAUGCCGCUUUAGACAUGUCCAGGGUCUUGGGUUGACAACUUUCUUUGAGAAAGUAGAAUUCCAUGCCAUAGAAAAAGUUGGAUUUAAAGAACCCUGAUUUUAUUUUAUUUUUCCUUCUUUUUUUGCCCUUCCCCAAGAUGCUUCAUUUUCUAAAAUAGUAAGCAAUACAGCCUGUGGGUGAGGGAGCUUCUGGGCUCUCCAAGUAGGGUGGGGAACAACUCCCAUGUGAAAUCCUGGAGAGCUGCUGCUAAUCAAUACAGGCAACAGUGAGCUAGAUGGAUCUUGCUUUGUGCAAGACAGCUUCCUAUAUUGAUUAACUAUUCAAGAAAUACAAGCUUAAAUACAUUUUGGACUACAGAACUACUUGAGAGUCUUGUGACCAGAACAUGGUGCAUCUAAACCAAUUUUCAUAGUUGCAAUAAACCCUAAUGGAACAUGAGCUUGUUUGAAAGCCAAGAGUUAUUGUGGGUUAAAUUCCAAAAUCGUUCAGUGAAUAAGAAUCCACAGGUCCUGCAGGUAAAAGCAUAGGCUACUUUCAGCAUGCUUUAAGCUUGGGCACAACUAUUUGGAAUUUCUUCUUCUUUGAACAGCAGGAACACCCCCUCAUGCCACAUCACACAAUCCAUCUCUGAGAGUUCCCUCACCUUCAGUAGUGAUUUGCCAUGUGGUGUGGUGGACCGUUGUUCAUGAAAAUAAGCACGAAGCCCCUUUGCACGCAAAAAACUUAGUUUUAUGGUUCUUUGGAUCUUCAAUAUCCAUCUGUUUGUUUUUAGGAAAGUAGAAGUUAUUAUAAUAAGUGAGAUGUGUUUAAAACUUGCAUUAGGAAAAAUAAGUUUCUGGGAAAAUGAAAAAUGCCUUUCCUAAUUUUGAUUGGCAUCCUAUUUAGAGACUGAAGAUUGCUACUUUACUCCCAGGAGCAGCAAAAUCAGAAUGCUACAGGAAGAACUCACUUAGUUCUCAGCUAUCUGGCCACCCCCAGGGACCAAAAGACUUGCGCUUUUUUUGUCCCCAUCUUAAAAAGACAAGAGGAGCAAAUAACUAAAUUACACCUUUAAACUAUUGUAUUUUAUGCAAGCUACUUUAAUUCCAUUUUGUCUUAAUUAUUUACAUUUGUGAUACAUGAAGAAUUCAGUGAUGUUUGAGGAAGAGUCAGGGGGAAAAGUCCUUCACAGAUAUAACUUUUCUAAAAAAUCUUGUCACAACUGACAAAAUGUCCUGUAAAUGCUGGCUGAUAACUUCUUGCUGCUUCUUUUGCGCUCUCUGUGCAGUCCCACAUAUAGGGUCUGUGCCAGUAAGUGCGAAUUCACUACCAGUUAGGGCUAGCCGAUAAAUGUUUUGGUCAGAAACCAGCCCAUUGCCCUGACGGUGUAGAAUUCAAGGGGCUUGGCCUCUCUCCGCUCAGUACCUUCCUGACUGCUCCAGCACUGGUAUUUGUGAGAAUUUGUUUUGCUUUUCCCCCCUGAGGAAAGUAUGAACUAACUGCCUUCUGUUUUUUCUUUAAUUCUAUAUUCAGCUCUUUUCUUCAGUGCUGUUCUUUCUGUCUUCAAUUUUGCAUUUGAUGUGGUUUUGUUUAUAUGCCUCUAUGGGUGCUUUCACUGCUUCCAAGCAGAUGCUUAUAGUGCAGAGGGCAACUUUUCUGAUUUUUUGGGGUAGCAGUAGGUCAUCCCCAACCCUUUAGUGUUGGGCAAAACCUCUGCCUUGGCAAGGUUCCCUUGGUAGUACUCCACCAGGCAGGUGUGUCAAAAUCACUCGUCCCAGCUCUGAGUAACAUUGUGAGGACAGGCUAUUUUGGCAACACAACCUGAUGUCUUAAGUCCCAAAACCCACACAGACAAUACGACACUGUUCUGUCCAUAGUGUUACUGGUGGUCAAGUCUGAUCUUGCAGGCCAGGAAGCAGAUACUGGCAUUGUGCUUUCUCACCUAACUUAACUGUGACAUCAUUCUCCUUUUAUAAGUGGACCUACUUUGUUUGAUGGGACUUACUUCCUAGUAGGUGUGUUUGGAAUUGAAUGAGUGACAAAGGAAUUAUAUAGUUGAUGCUGUACACGGGCCUUUCAGUGCACUUUUUUUUAAAAUUGCAUGAAUUGACCCUAAGUCAGAGAAUUAAAUACAGGUUCAGCAUCCCAAGAGAAGCAUGAGACACUUGAUUAAUUGUUCUGUGAAUUGGGACGGUUGUUUUGCUUGCAAGGAAAGGCUUGCUUGCUUGAAGACUUACUUUUCUAAGCAAAUAGCUAAUUUCAGAUAAUUUGAUUUUGCAUGUUCCAUUUUAUUGCAUGCAAGGAUAAUUUGCUGCUUUGCAGACUUUAUUGGUAGGAUGCAUAAAUCAAAUGCACAUGUUUUGCUGCACAGUUCCAUAAAUGUUCUUGUUAUUGCAGUCUAUUAGACAGAAUACAGUUGUAGAGCCUCCAGUUGUGUUCCUACCUUCCCUUUUUGUUCCUCUCCAUUUUUGUGAACUUUUGGUCAGUAGUACCUAACAGUAUAUGUUGCAACAUCAGGUGAUUUCCUCCCCUGCUGAACAAGUAACACAAAAUGCUUUUCUUCUGCAGAUGUGGAAGCUAAACCAGAAAACAGAAAUUCAAAAAGCAGGUCUAGGGAGCAACAAAGCUCCUAAUUCUAUUACCCCCACUACAUGAGAUGUGGGCCAAGUGGUGAGUUUUCUGCCCAACAUGUAAAUGAGAUUGCUUUCAUUUACAGAGGAGUAAAAAACUAACAUUUAUAAAUGAAAACAAGUGCAAUUUGCAUUAACAGUUGUCAGUACCGCUUGCAUUAAAUGGCUCUUGCUUACUGUAUUCAAGCUAAGCCAGCAUGUGACACUUACUUAUCUACCCAGGCAAGGAGUGUCCAGUCUUCUAAAUCCACCUUGCUUUUCUCAUAUAUGUCUCCAAUUAUAAAUCACAGUGUAUAGUAGCAAAUCACUAUCCAAAAAAAUGACAUUGCGUUGUUCAUUUGGGGACUCCUGUGCAAUCCUGUGCCAGUGUAACCUUUAUGUUAACUGCCUCUAAAGAGCCAGCUGUAUUAUACUGCAUAUAAGUUGGUCAUUUUCUCAAGCAUAUACAUUUUGAGGCUACAGUAAUACCCAUUUUAGAAUGUGAUAUAUGAUCAGAGCCAUGCAGACUCUAUAGAAACAGAUUUUUUUAAAAAAAUUACACCCAGAAACAGUUUAGGUUUUGUGGUUCUGGAUUCUGCGAAUUAAAUAAAUUAAGCGCAAUGCUUCUUAUUUUAUUUAACUGUCAUUUUUACUAUUUUGCAUGAUUUAUUUCAGUCAUGUUGAGGGCACAGAAGUAUCCCUGGCCUUUUGUGUACAUUGGGAAUACUGUUCAGCCCCCACCCCUCCAGCUCCUGAAAAACUUGUUUUCAAGCAUAUCUUUGCAGUCCUAAGGACUUGAAACCCUAUCUUUAAAAAAACAACCAUGAAUUAUUAUGAAACUUGAGUUCUACCCCAAGUAGCACCACUUGUGCUUUCUUCUCUGUCAGUCACGGAGACUUCCAGCAUAUGCACAGCCCUGUAUAGUAUGCAUGUACUGUAAGAGCAUAGCUAAAGGAAUUGAAAGGCUGCAAUCCUAUACACAUUUACAUGGGAGUAAGUCCUAUUGAAAGUAAUGGGACUUGUUUCUGGGUAAUCAUGCAUAGGCUUGCAGUUACAGUACAACAGUGGUGCCCAAAUGCCAUUAUAUAGUAUUUUACUCUUGGCAUUCUGUCUCCCUUCUUCUUUAUCAUUGCUUAAACCAUUUCUAUUGUGUCCUCCUAGUUCUUGUAGUCACUUUACUUUUUUAUAUCUCUUCUGUAUCUUUUUAAGCUUUUCUUACGUUUACUUCUCUUUCUACUUUUCACUUGAACACAGAGAGAAAAGUGUCCUUCAGUAUCUCAGUGUGAAGCCUUUAUUACUGAAGUAACAAGGCAUCCGGCUAUAGGAAUCAUGUUGUGUUUUUAAAAAUAGUUGAAGGUUUUUACAGGCCUACAUGAAUAGAACAAUCAAGAAAUAUGCAUCUUCUUUCCUUGAAUCAAGGAGCUGUGCUGGUGUCUCCUGCUGAAUUUUUUUAAAGAAGGAAUUUAUUGCACAUUGCACUGUUAAGAUCUACUGAAUAAAGGACAGCUUUAACCUCUCUAACGACCAAGGGUUGUAUGGCCUCAAGAUUUGCUCCAGGAACUCAAUUGCUUUUUUUCUUCUUCAUUCCUUUAUGAACCCCAGUCAUCAACUGCUUACUGCUUCUGCUAAUAAUUAGCAAUAUUUAGUUCUGUAAAUCUGAAAGGGGAGAAGGCUGUAGUAUAUUGUGGAAUUUGAUGUAAAUACAGGUACAAAAAUGAACCCCUCAAGCUUAUUUUAUUGGUUUGCUUAAUUUGCAUGAUGUUGCUCUUUGUAAAAUGAGACUGCUGGUUAUUUUGGUGCAAAUAGCAAGAAAAAAUUGUUUAGGUACCUGAAAACUUAGCUAAACACUUUAAUCCACACUCGACAUGAUUUUAUUUGUUCCAUGAGUUUUCAAGGCAACAAGUUAUUUUGCAAAACAAUACAAUUGGGGUGGGGUGGGGUGGGGGCAGGGAAACAAUGGAAUUAAUAUUCCUGGAACUUUCUAUGUCCAAUAAAACAAUCUCUGUUUUCAACAAAUACAAAUUUUGGAACAAAACUGUCUUUAAGUUAAAUAUUUUGUAUUUUUACUUGUGUUUUUUAAUUUGUGAUUUUGUUAGCCUAUUAUGGUUUAGGAGGAAGCUUUAUGGGGGAAGACGAAGGUAAACAAGGUUCUGAUAAGCAUUUUGAAGCCAUUCCUUUUAUUAAGGCUCUUACUAAUAUUUCCACCUUUUUGUUCCUUAUAAUUGUAUAUGAAUUAAGAUUUAUUAAUGCUGUUGGUACUUUAAAAAUAUUUGUUGUAUGCAUUUGUCUUAAAACUCUUGCAAAGAGCACAGGAAAAUAGAUUUGGUUAAUCCUGGGAAAUGUACAUGAAAUUAUCCUGGUUUAUAUUAAAUUUCAAAGGUUUAUUUUCUUACGAGUCACUAAUGUAUUAAUAUUUCCAUGACAAUAUAUCGCAUUUUAACCAUUUAACCUCAUUGGGUUCAUUCAACCUUGCUAAUAUUUUUAUGCACAUGGGCAUCCUUAAACCUCAUCACCACGCUUCAUUUUUAUCUCAGCCAAACUAUUUGCAAGGAAUUGUACUAUAUCUAAAAGCCCAUUCCUUGCUAUUCUGGGGCCCACCAGAUGUUUUGGUCUACAACUCCUAUCAUUCCCAGCCAACAUGGCUGCUGGCUGGGUCUGCUUCAUCUCAGGGUUGUGGGUUCAAGCCCCAUGUUGGGCAAAAGUUUCCUGCUUUGCCGGGGGUUGGACUAGAUGACCCUCAUAGUCCCUUCCAGCUCUACAAUUCUAUGAUUCUAUGGAGCGUUGUAAUCCAAAACAUCUGGAGGGUGCUAUGUUUGUGAAGACCGACCUAGUAAACUCCUAUUGGGCUGGGACCGGAGCCCCCUAUGUUAAUAUCAAACAUUUUUUUUUAAAGAAAGCAUUUUGUACAGCGUUGCAAAUGUUUAUUACAGCCAUCAGGCUUCUUGCAAAUGAUUACUAAUGUUACUUGUAAUGUAAGAAUAGGUUCUGUUUCCCCCACUGGCAAAUGAAACAGCAAGGUGCAAAUGAAACACAGCAGGGGCCAGAUAGGCAGAGUAGCUCGCCAUACCAUACCAUUCCAAUCCUGUCCUGAGAGCAGCAAACAUUCAGAAUUCCCCCCAUGGCUGUGUCAGGCAUGUUCCUGAACAGCAAGCAUGUAACUGGAUGAAGCCACACACACACACACACACACACACUCUCUCUCUCUCUCUCUCUCUCUCUCUCUCUCUCCCCCAAGCGGGUCAUCUAAUGUCCAGGCUUUUUAUUUUAUUUAUCUUACGGUUUAAUUUUGGUUCAGGCUGUGCAUCUUUCAACCCUGGAGGGGGAUGCAUAUUAUAAAUACUUUUAAUAAAUAAUAAUAAAUUACAGGCAGCAUACAGCUAGUGUGUAUGGAGAGUCUCUUCAGCCUAAAAGUUGUAUGUACUUCCUACCCUCUGCAUGGGAUGGUAGGAUUGUGGCCAUAAUUGGUAAUUUCUGAGUCCAUGGCCUUUCAAAUAUUACCAUGCAUCCUUGACUAUGAUUUUGUCAGAAUAAAAAUAAAAUAAAAUGAGUGAACAGUACGCUCCCCUUGAUUGUCAUAAGGGGAAAACAGGAGAGGACGGUUGCUAGGCAUAUGAAAAUCACAUAAAACACAUCAGUAAUUUUGUUCAGUAGCGGGUUGUGCCACCCUGUCUUGUGUCACCAGUCUCUUCCCCUCUGAAGAUACGGGAUCUUUUAAAAGGAUGAUUUUAAUAUCUGGGAACAUUGAUGUUUCUAAAUGUGGGUGUACAUGGAGAUGGUGAUUAGCUAGCUUUGUAGAUCAGCUUGUUUUUUUAUGAACUGAUCCUAAGCUUCUGUUGCUUUGUUUAUAGACUCUCAAGCUUUCAGGAACAAUCGUGUGUUUUUCAUGCAUUUACCAACCCGCUGAUUGACCAUACCUAUUUUCUUAAGAUUUGCACCUUUUUGAGCUUUGCACUUGUUUCAUAUUCCUGUGUGCUUUGGCUUAAUGAUUUGUUUCACAUGGACUCUACCUUUCUACAGGCAAUUAUAUCAGCUAGAGACUGACUCUCAUCUACCUGGAACUUCUCUUGUGCAUGCAGGCCUCCCUUGAAGUCAAAGGGAGUUGCGCAAGAGCGUUGCUUUAUUUUCACAACACUAGCACAGGCAAAGUCAACGCAAGAUCAUGCCUUUUAUGAUUUACCUGUUUUGGCAAUAGGCUGGAGUUAGCACUAUGUGUAAGGUUUUGUUGGUGGUUGUUUUUGUUUUUAAUAGCAUAAUUCAAAGUUUUAAGACCGAAAUACAAUCUUCCCUUAACAAAACUUAAUUCAUUGAUAUUUUGCAGAGGAAGAGGCUCACGAGCUGCAAACCUUUUGCUUCUCUAGCUCUUUCUCAACAAGCCUAGUAAUUUGUUUUGUAUAAAGCCAGAUGGUUUUCUGCUAACAGCUUAACAGAAAACAGUGCCUGGAUUUUAUGCAGGAGAACCAAAGCCCUGUAUAUUUUUAGCUUCCCUUCCCAGAGCACAUUGAGGAGUAUAACCUGGCUCCCUGAUCUCUCUAGAUUCCAUCACUUAAUGAAUCAGAAAGAAAAUUGAAAUGGUCCUCCCACUUAAUCUCAAUUUUCAUUGCCGUCUACCCCGUUUCUAAAAAUAAUUAACUUUUUUAAAAACUUUAUAAAGUCUGUGACAGUGUCAGAAAUUAAUGUGUCACUUCGCCAUCUGUUUAAAUCCCAGCACCUUUAAAACUAAAUGCAAGGGCUUUUUCACUGUACAAGACAAUAUCCAGCAGCUGGAAAGUGGAAGCUGGAAAUGUGUUGUAAUACAAUGAAAUGUUUUAAUUUCCGCUCUGCUGCUGCAGUUGCCAAGGCUACAAUCGCCUUUUCCAGAAUGCAUUGUUUCUUAAAAUGUUUUGUGUUCUGAGAGCAGCUCCAGCAAUGGUGUGAACUGUUGUGUGUAUGCGUGAGUGUGUGUGUGUGUGUGUGUGUGUGUAUGUAGCUCAAGCAUUGUUAAGAAUGGAACUGCCUUAAAAGGAGGGAGCACCUGGGUGCGACACAAACUGUUUAAACACUGUUUUACAGAAGCUGUUAUUUAAAGCUGUAGUUUUCCUUUCUUAUACCUAUUAAGGAGUUUUGUAAUGUUUGCCAUUGAACACUACUUAAUUAUGUUAUUAAAAUUCCAAGCC